AGACCAAAAACCGCACACUUUAUCGGUCGCCAGGUAGGUACAUUGUAUAGCCAAAUACCGCACACUUAUAAUGGGUAAAAACCGCACUUUAAUGUCUUUGGCGUGGAUGCGCGUUGUAUUUAUAAUUUUAAGUUAAUCUGUUACCUACAAAUAUUUGUAUACUUGUAGGAUGAUAUGCUCUAUUCGUUAGUUGGGUAUUUCGUAUAAACUUGCAAUAAAACUGAUGAUAAAAUAUUAAACCAAUACUAAAUAUUUAUCCAGUACAGUCGACUGAAACGUGUAUUAACGUAACUCGAUAUGCAUGUAGUUUUUAGCGUUUUAGUAGGUUCAUAUCUUAAUUUUUUCAAUAUAUAAAUUGUACGUAAAUAAUUUUUUUUUUUUAAUACGUGUAUUAAUAAUAAAUAACAGAUUAUAUAUCAUUAUAAAAUGUGCGGUUUCUAGAUAAGUACAACAGUUUUAAAAAGCGCGCGGUUCUAACCUACCAAAAAUGUAGGUCAUGGGUAAGUAUUAACAAAAGAAAAUGUUGUCGGCAAAAUGGGAGUCGGCGAUAUGGGAACGAACCAGUAAAUUUUCUGUCGUAAUGUCCCAGGUGAAAAUGCACUGGGGGGGAGUAAAUAUGGCCCACGUUAUUCUUAAGUCGUCGGCGAAAAUUGCACGCACGAGGGGCUUUAUAUUUUCUACUUGAUCCUUACGUCCGCGGUCUAAAUGCACUGUAACAAUAAGGGUAAAUAAAUCCUGCGUUGUUGUAACCUCCGCGAUAAAAGUUUCUCGACCGGGGUAAAUGCGUCAUGUGUUUUGGUAAUAUUAUGUUAUUCUUACGUCUUUGUAAGAAGUCAAACGCCGUUUUUCGCGUUUAAAUCUCUCCGCCAGUGACGGCGGCUCGAAGUGUAUUCACCUCGAAUCGCCGAUACAAAUUGUCCACUCAACCACCUUAACCGGAGAAUACCCCCGCCCUACCGCUAACGUAUUGGAAUCCGUUGAGUUUCACCAAGAUCUGUCAAAUUUAUCGAAUUUCCGCCGUCAAAAAUCUGUUUCAACGGAUCGUUUCCCAAAAAAUCGUAAUCGUUUUCGUAGUGUUUCCGAACGCCCGCGACUCGCCCGCGCGGUUUUUCGCGAACCCCGUGAUUCGAGUACACUGUCCCACCGAGCCGCCACUGCCCACCGCCAUGCGAUUACGCCCUCUCCACCCUCCUCCCCCCGUUACCGACGUUGUAAUAUAUGUAUGCGUUCACGAACCGAGAACGCGACGUGCGCAUCAUAACAUUGCGCAAGUUCAUUACUGUGUGUUUACACACGUCGGGGGACUCCUUGUCGCGUUAUUAUUCCGUCUCGCGGUUGCCGUUGUAAAACCCCGGGGAGAAAAAACAAAAAAUAAAAACGAUCCGGAGCUCACCGCGUGCAGCCCGAGGAGGUCGCAAUAACGAUAUUACCGUGGCAAUAUUGUCGGGCGUAUCCGACGCCGCCCGACAGACUCCUCGGUCGACUCGACCCCGCGGAGCCCGCACAAAAAGUCCUGCGGCAUUGCGUAAUGCGUCGCCGUGAUGUCGUCAUUCUUAUCCGCGGGUAUUUUACCGAUAAAAAUAAUUUACCAAUUUUCGAUUGUUGUUAACGCAUGUUAUCGUGGUUUUCUGCGAUCAAUGGCUCACCGGGUGCCCGAAAAUCGCGGGCAAUAAAAGGGGCGGGAAGUAAAAAUUAAAAAAAAAAAAAAAAAAAAAACCCGAUGAUAAUAAUUGGAAAUAUCGAAUCGGCGACGCGACAUAAUACAAUAACAAUAAUAACUAUUACGUUUUUGUACCUACGCGUUACGUGCGCGAUUAUUGUGCAUUUUAUCGAACAAUAAAAUAAAUAAUAAUAAUAAAAAAAAAAAAUAUAUACGGGAAAAAAAAAUGCGUCGACCUAACCUCGGCGGCGGCUCGUUUCGAACGCGUUUCUGGCGCUAACGCGCGCGCGCCACCACCGCCGUCUGUUUCGCUGCGCUCUCCGCUCACGUCCCGUCCCUUCCCCGUCCUGUCCCGAACCGCACGCGACCGAAACAAUACGCGCUGCACGCGUACAAUAAUAUAGCCGGCCCCCUCACCACUCCUCACCCGCCGUUUGUAGAGUCACCGCGCGAUUGCGGGCGAUACGCGCCGCGCGCGUGUAAAUAGUGCAAGGCAAAUUUGUUUAUCUAGAAAAUUUUUACACAUUCGGAAGGUCUUUUUUUCUAUUAUUAUUAUUAUUAUUAUUUUUUUUUUUUUUUUUCCCAUUGUAUUCCGUCGACAAAACAAAAACGCGCGGAGGAGGGAUACGCGCGCUAAAACAAUAAAGCCGCUAAAGCUCUCGCGAUCGCGUCGCCGCCGCCGUCGCCGCUGCCGCCGUCGUCGUCGUCGCCGUAUCCGUCCGUAGAUCGCAGUCAAAAGUGCGCGCGCGUGUUGGACCGACGCCGAAAAAAAUCCGCACCACCGCACCACCCGACUGCACCAACGUCGCCACCACACGACCGCCGCCGCCGUCACUGUCGAUCCGCGUCCGAGCACCGUGUCCGCGGCAGACGAUGGACCCGGGUUGCUACCGUAAUACGGCCGGUCGUCGUAGGAUCGCGCGGACCGCGAACCGGACGUCUUCGCCGUCGCGUCGUUGACUCCGCCGUGCCCCGUCCCUUCGCCCGCUGCGCACAAGCGGAUGCGUUACCGGAGCGUCGACGAGCGCGUAACGACGUCUCCGUCCGACCCUUGGCCCGACGACCGCAACCGCCGCGAUGACGGUCAGCUACCAGUCCAAGGUGUCGUCGUCCAGCAGCACCGGGUUCACCAAACUGCUGUUCCUGUGGCGGGGCAGCCUGUACCAGGUUCUGCACAGGGAGCUGCUGCUGUUCAUGUUGGCGUUCGGCCUCCUCAGCGCCAUGUACCGGAACGUUUUCAACGAACCGCAGAAAGAGUACGUCACGUUGUUAAAAAUCGAAAGUGUUUCGAGUACGAGUCCGACUUACGGAUUUUAGAUUUACGCCGUCAGCGCGGAUUUCAAACAGUAAUUUUCCUCCUCCCCUUCACGUCGGUAAAAAAAAAUAAAAAAAAACAAAACUAAAUCCAGUUUUAUCGGGAUCGGUUCUGUCGAAUCGUUCAAUUGUAUCGUUUUGUUCGUUUUAAUUACGUUUUAUUCGUAUUACGUCGGGAACGGAGCCGAGGUUCGACAAGACCGGUUCGGGCCGAGAGAGAGAGAGAGAGAGAGAGCGUCUCCGAAACGGACGUAAAAUCUAGAACGUAUGCACGAUAGAAAUAUUUGAAAUUCGGAUGAAAAAAAGUUGUUCUAGGAUAAUGGGGACGGGUGGAGCUACUGUUGAAGUUGCGAAGUUGGGAAGGUAGGGUACAGACGAAAACCGUAUGUGUAUCUUUAAGCAAUGAUUAACGUUUGCUAACGAAAACCCGAUUCUGAGCGGAGUUCGGGCGUACACGUUUUGAAUAGUCAAAAUAUUUACGAUUUUCGUUAAAAUUCGAUUUUGAAACUUGUAAAAAAUAAAAUUACUACAUCAUAUUAUUGACCACAAAAUGCGACUUAUAAUGUAGCUAUACCUAUUUUACCGUUCGCUCGGUUUUCCCGUGUUUUUUCCCGGUUUUUUUCCAUUUAUUUGGAAGACUCCUGGGAAAAUCAAAAAAAUGACCUUACAGUACCUCACCAGUCCGAUUUCAGAAAAAGUGUAUCACUGUAAAUCGGAGCGAGAUUUCCGGUAGGAUUUCCGAAUCUAAUAAACCUAAAUAUAUUCGUGUAGGCUAUAAAGGCGGGAAUUUUCGCGCGACCGUCGGAAAAUUCCUGUUACGAAUCCGGGGGGGAGGGGGGUGCGUUUUUUCACGCCACACGAAUAUUGUUCGUGUGUACGAAAAUCGAACGUAAAGUGGCCGAUUCGGUAUUUUGCAACUGCGUUCGUGUACGGAAACUCAUCGUGCGUACGAAUGUACGGUUGACUUCCCGGUCGGAAUCGCUGUACAUUUGAAUCGACCGUGUGAAAUUCGACCGUACGGUGCGUACCGCGGACCCGGUCCCGAGGAGCCCGUCGAUCGUUUCGUUUUGUGUUUAUCGAUUUUCAUUAAAUUUUCAUUAUAUUGUCUUACGAACCGUUCGGUAAGCGGUCGCACGCGUACAUUUUACGUAUUAUGCGCGCACAAUGUCGAUCGUCAACGUAUUACGCGAGCUCAUCGCGCAGUACAAUUUUCGAUCCGGCCACUUUGUUCCGCGCGAGUUGAAAACGUGAUAAAGAAAAACACGGAGCUUCGUAGCACGCGAAAAUAAAGAUAUUACAAACGGGAAAAACCAUUGUGACGUGCCGUCGCGAAGCGCGGGACGGGACGCUACGAGUGGGAAACCGUAAACGACAGUGUACCUAUAGGUAACGGGACACCCGGUAUAACAAUACAAUGCCUUCCGCCCGACGAUAUUGUUGUCGGAUGCGUAUAAAUCGUGCCACAAGUGUGAGUUGUCGCCGAUACCGUUCGGCGCGCAUAAAUCUUCCGGCCGCGAUUACGCCGGGGCGCCCCCCGCGGCACGACUCGUACGAGCCCGCGUUGUUUGAACGCCGCAGUGUCCGUUUAAAAACGGACAAGCGAAAAUUACCGACUACCGGCGAUCGGUCGCGAUCGGCGUUUUGACAACGCGGGGUUUUUUUUUUUUUUUUUUCAAAACCGAUAUUUGUCGACGACACGAAAACGUCUAUAACCGUGCAGCAGCGUUUUUCAAGGGGGUCGUGAACUCCAUUAAAAAAAAAAAUAAUAAUAAUACGUACCACCUAACCAUAUAAUUAGAAAAAUGAAGAAGUUAUAGUUUGUACUAUAAUUAAAAUAUUUUAUUAUAUAAUAUAUAGCUGUGUAAUAUAAUAUAAUUUAUUAAAUAGAAUAAUACAUUUAAUAUAAUUAUGAUGUGGUAGUUUUUAUUAUAGGGAGGGGGGGGGGUCGUGUGGACUAAAAAUUUUCAACGCGAAUUGAACACAUAUUAUGUUGAAGCGUAAACAACUUUACUGAUUUAAAACAAUUUGAAAUGUAUUGGUUUGAGUAAGAUCGUUGGUCGGUCGUUUGUUAUCGGCUUUACUGUUAUUUCUACAAUUAAAACUAACAUUAAACAAUUUGGUACACAUAUUUGUAUUUUGGGGGACACGCUAUUUUAGGCCCCGGUAGAGACUGUGCACGAAUGUACAAUAUCACGGGAAUAUGGAAAAAAGCGUUAAAAAAUUUAAAAAAAAUAUCGGUUCGCCGCUAAGAAAUUACAUUGCUCAGAACAUUAUCCUUAUCGCGGGUGUCAUGGUGAUUGAAAAACAUAUAUUAUAGUAGUGGAGGAAAUAUUUUUUAGAAUAUUUUCAUCGACGGCAACGUUUCGUGAAUUUUUUUGCUAUAGAAAAUACAUUAUGUAGAACAAUAACGUAUUACAGCCACGUUAGUUUAUUUUUAAUUUUUUUUUUUUUCGAGUGAAGUAAAGAAAAUAUUUCAGGUUUUACUAAAACGUAUUUUUCGUUUCUAUGGAAAACACUUUUCCGAUUAGGUACUAAAAAUAAUCCAAUUUUUUUUCCACGCAGUACCUUACUACCACGAGAGUUGCGGACUAUUCGUCCGUUCAUGGGUAUUUUGUUUGAAAAACCUAUCUACAUCGCUAGCAAUAGUUUUUUUAUUUUUUUUUUCGAUAAAAAUCUAUAAAAAAAAAAAAACCCCCGACAGCAAAAUAGACGAUACAUCGGUUUUAUGUUUGUGGAUCACAGCGAUUACUGAGGAUGGAGUGAGAUGGAGGACAAGGUUUAUCAUAUUAUAUAACCUUUGAAUAGUUUUUCGAUUGCAACGAUUCAUCGUCGUUUUCAGCAAAUAAACUAAAUCACCGCCUUGCGUAUACCUUCAAAACUUCCCGUCUUCAACAGUGAUGGCCACAGUAAAAGCGGGUAUCGCUUCCUCUUAACGGUCGCCAGUGUACGUUUUCAUUUAAUUUUUGUCGCCACUCGUUUUACGUUAAAGGCGUAUGGCUUUUUAUACCUCGAGUGACGGGGAUGUGGUGACCGAGUUUUUUCCUUUUGCUUGUUUUUUUUUGCUUAUUCCGUAACAAAAUGUAAGAGCAUUUUUUUCAAGCGCGUCGGGACGACAAAAUUCUAAAUACGCUCGCCCGUGUCCUGCGCCUAUUGUCCGUAUUCGAAAACACUCCGCGUACAUUAUAAUAAUCGGUAAUGACGUAUCGACGCGGAGAAAAAAAAACCGCUAAUAAAACAACACUGUUAAACGUUUAAUAUACAUAACGAUGAUAAUAACGAUAAUAAUAUACGUUUACGCCGGACGAGACGCCGACGGCCGAAAUAAUAAUAUAAUAAUAUGGAAUUGCCGCUCGGUAAAUAUUUAAUGAACGUUGUUUUAUGCGUCCGAGCAUAAAAAAAAAAUAAUUAUUUAUAAAUACGGGUACAGUUCGGCAGCAGAAGAUACUAGUGUACGGGGGAAUAAUCCGUCGAUAAUAGAAAUGGAUUUUAUUGUCGAAACGCACGGACCGCGGUACAUUGUAUUAUGUAGUGUGUGUGUGUGUGUGUGUGUGUGUGUGUGUGCAGCACAAUCGCUUUCCUCAUUGUGUUCCGGGCGAGUAAAGUUUCUCUUGUUCCGGGCACGUAUUACGUACGCGCGUGUACAAAAUCUCGUUGUACGAAAAAUUUGAAUCGCACGCACGAUACACCUGCGAGUGUACGGCGCCGCGUAUGUAUGGGUAUUAAACGCGCGCGUGUUGUAAAACAAAAAAAAAAAAAAAAAAUAAAACGAUCACAAUGAAAUAAUAUAUAGGCGGGUGUAUUAUUACUAUAAUAAUAAUAAUAAUAAUUAACGUAUUUCAAACCGUCGGACGGCUCGUAUUAUUCAAUGAUCUAUGGACAAGUGCUGCGGUUUUAUUCACGCGAGUUAACGCUAUAACCCGCCUAUCGUAUGGUUAUCGUAUCGUGUAUAUACCUGAUUUUUUUUUGUUCGUAAUAACGUUCGGAUUUCCAUAAAAAAAAUUUAAAAAAUACCAGUUUAACAGCUUCGCGAAACGAAGUUCGCCGGUAAUGCGGAUCGAAAAUGUCCCCGAUCGGGAUGAAUUUGUUCCCGGGGACAUUUCAAUCCGUUAUCGUAUCAUUGGACGAUGGGCAAUUCGAUCAGUUUCGGGAAAAAAAUCAACUUUUCCCACCGGAUCGGAUUGUCCCCCGGCGACAAUUUUACCAUGGCCCGGCGGCGUAUCGCCGAGAAAAGACAAUUUUAAUUUGUUUAGAAUUUGACGGGAUUAAAAAAUUUAAUUUUCUAACGAAUCAAACCGUGCCGUUAUCGAUUUAACCUUUUCAUUUAUAAAUUCUCAGCGCGUGGCGCCGUAAAAUUGUUUUACAUCAUAAAACUGCUGUGUAAUAUUUUCCGAUGAUUAACUAUUAUGUAGUUCAACAGUUGAUUUUUAUUUUUUUUUUCAUUAUUUAAUUAUAAAUUUGACAUUUUUUGUCGUACAGUAUAAUUAAUUAAACUCUAACUCGGUUUUCGACUUGACGACAGUAAUAUUUUUGUUAACUUUUUGACUCAACUUGAUCAAUUUAAUUAUCAUUUCUCCUUUGCAUUAACUAUUAUUGUUUAUUUGUCCUCCUCAUUUGAUCUAUCCGAAUCCGACACUAUUAAUAUACGUCCUAUUAUUAUCCAAAUUCUUUUAUAUUUUCUUAAAUUCUACAGUUACACGUGUUACCGUGUUGAAAUAAUAAACUUCGGCGUUCGACCAUUACAAAUAAAGUAGGAUUUCCUUGAAGCCAUUAAUUUUCCUAACGAUUCAAUCGUUUAAACCGAAUCCUAUACGCAUCAGACGUUUUGUAUUUCCGUGUGCAUUGUUCCAGUCAGUAAUAAUUGAGUAUCGAUAGUUUCCGGAAAAAGAAUGUAAAUGUUUGAACCUAAAGGUUAUUCUUUUUUAAAAAUACAACGAAAGAUGUUUUAUUUUCGAGUCAAAGUACAACGAAAUAGCUAUAAUGUAUUUUUACAGAGAUAUUUUUUUUUCUUUUUUCUUUCUCCGGAAACACUUUUACGGUUAUUAAAAAAAUACACCGAUUUAUUCAUGUCGUAAAUCAAAAAAUAAGGAAUUCACACACGGCGAUACUUUAUUUAAAAUAUUUAUCGAAAUGUUUAGUAGUUCUUCAUCCCCUAGAUGCUUUUAUCGGUGUUUGAUUUUUGUUGAUAUCAGGGUAACCUUGGCAACAAGCGAAAAAAACACGACUUUUAAUCCUUUUUCGUUUUUAAUUAUUCAUCGUUUGCCUUUGCAUACAGUAUUUAACAAAACUACCCUGAUAUAUAUCCGACCUUCCCGAUUAUAUACUUACAACAGUGGCCUACUCGUGAACAUGAACAGCUUUUUAAAUUAUCGCAUUAUUUCGCAAAAAAUAAUCGGCACGUUUAAACAAUAGAUGCUUAUCGAUAAUUAUCUACUCAUCUUGAGUUUGAAAUUUAAAAAUAUUUUAUAGAUGCUGAAUGAUGAGUUUGGCUAUGUAGUUGUCGAAUAUUGGUGAAAGGGGAUAAACAAAAUCAAACUUGACUAAAUAAACGGUUUUUGUUUUCAGUAUUGUAAUUUUGUUUUUUAUAUGGAAUAAGCAAGAAAUUAUACAAACAUAUGGAUUUUCUUGUUCUUGUAACACAUUAUAUAUGGUAAAAUGUAUUUUUAACUCGAUAAAAAUUCCAUUAAAAACUAACAUCGACAAUUUUACAAACUAUAUUAUUAUAUUAUUAUACAUUCGUAUUAUAAUAUUAUUUUGUAGACGUGGUUAAUCCCCGUAUAAACUCAAACAUCAUAUUCUACUUUGAUCUUUUAUUUUUGAAACUAACUCUGGUAAACUUUACAUUAUUUAUUGACAUAACGUUGGUAUACAAAUAAUCAAUCCAUUUUGCUGCAGCGCAGUGUGCAGAAGUUUCUAUGUAUGUUUUUUAAUAAUAACUAUCGUGAUAUGUUUUACCCUUGUUUUAUAAUUAGCUAAUUACGUAUAAACAAAGUUCAACUUGUAUAUCCCGUAAAAAGUAUUAUAUAUUGUAGUUCUAUACGGAAAAAAAAAUAACUUUCAUUCCAAAGUGAACGAUUAAUUUUAAAAAAUCCGGACAUACUCGCACCGUCGCGGUCGGUAAGUCACCAUGAAGUAUUAGUAGAAAGUAUGUAGGAUAUAAUAUAAUUUGGUAUACGUACUGAACGCAAUGAUAAAUCAUUAAAAAAAAAAAACGAUUCUCAGCGAAACUCUGUUUACUGGCAAGAUUAUUUGAACGAGUUUUUUUUUAAGUUUAUCCCCUUGCAUUCAACCCAGAAAUGACGGAAAUCAACAAAAAAAAUUGUCAUUUUUAGUUCAAAAAACUGUUGAAAAUUUAAAAAAUUUUCAAACAAAGUAUCAUCGAAGGAUUGAAAAUCCGCAUCUGUUGGGGAGCGACAUGAAAAAAUUGAGCCAUUUUACUUAUACAAUCACAACUAACUAUAAUGAAUCAGAAUAUAAUGUACUCGUACACAUAAACAUAUAAAAGAAUAACUUUUCGGAGUAUACUUAAAAAAAAAAUUAAAUAAUUCUUGAACAUGCUAAUCACAAAUACACGAAAUUUCUAAAUAACCAAAACAUAGUUAGAUACCGAUAUAAAUCUUUGGAAUCGUUCAAAUGAUCAAAUAAAUUAAAUUCAAUAUACCAACCAGUGGCGGCUUAAAGUAUUUUUACCUUGAAUUACCGAUUUAAUUUUCCACCCACCCAUGCCGACUCAAAAUACCCCCACCCUAUCACAAAUGUAUUGAAAUUUAACAAAUCCCAAUAAAGCUCGUCAAAUUUAUCAAUUUUCCUUAGUCUAAAAUUUUUUUAAUACAUUUUAUUUUGUAAAAACAUUAUAUUUUUUGUCAUAUUACCCAUGAAUCGGCCACCCAUUUUUUUGUAAAUCGCGUGAUUCAAAUGUACAUCACUGAUACCAACCAAACCUAUUAUAAAUAACACUAUAAUUAAUAUAACAUGAUAAAUAAUAAAGAGAAUUUUAAGCGAAAAUGGAAUCUAAAAAUACAAAAUGAAUAAGUUAUAAAAAAAAUAUGAUACUACUCACGGGUAGGCACCUGUUGUAUGUAGAUAAUUAGGAAGGAAGUACGCUAUCCAGGGAAAUGUAUGCAACUAUAAAUUUUAAGCGGAGUAGUAUUAAUCGUAUUUGUUCUCUUGUUGCCAAUAAAAGAACAUAGAAAUAAAAACAAAAUAUAAUAACCAUAAAGGAUCUAGGGGUGUUCUGCUGAAAAAGUCAAUACAUUUUUCAAAUAAAAUAACUCUUACUUUCUAAACCUCCCAUUUACAACAUGUGGCAUGGCCAUCAACAGAAUCAGCUUUUUUUUUUUUAUCUUUAUCCUUUUGUUAGAUAUUAUUUGUUUAUAAUACUCGACCCGAUUCAAUGAUUUUUUUUUCCAUCAAAACCGAUCAUUUAUGAUAAUAUACUAUUCAAGGCUAUGUAUCUUUCAUCUUUACUUUACAGAAACAUAUUUUAUUUAGGUUAUGCAAACGUAUUUUGAUAUAACAAAACAAAUAUUUAAAAAAUACUUCAUUGUUAUAUUUUAAUCCAUUAAUAGACAUUCGUUUAUAUUUUAUAAUAAUAAUUUGUAUGAAUCAUAACAGUUGAAUUGGAUUAUAGAUGCACAAAUACACUAUAAAUUAAUACCAAUAUGAUUAUUUUAAGUUUUAUUUAGAUUAAAAUCGUAACAAUCGCGGCAUUCCGCUUACCGUUUUACGAAUCAUUUGCCUGUGUGAAUAAUAUAUUUUUUGUCUCAAGAGACGAAAAAUCACCGAAAAUGUCAGUAGUGAAAUUUUUAAUUUCCAUCAACCCGUUGACGAGAUAUUUCACUUUUCGAGUGUAAGAGUAAAAUAGUGGAACACUAUUCGAACGCGGCGCGCCGUACCACGGCAUAAUUGAUGCUCUACUGCUUUCCCCUGACCAAAACUUCAAAGUGAAAUAUCUCAUCAACGGUUUAACGGAAAUUAAACAUUUUAACAUCAAAAUUAUUUAUUUAAACUAAAACUCCGUCUAUGUCUUUUAGUAUAGAUUGUACUGCUUACAAUAUUUAAGAGACGAAAAUAAAUAAUUCCUUAAGUACCUCUACCUACCCAUCAUAUAGAUCGUCGUAAAAUAUGUCUGUAAAAAAAAAAAAAAAAGAAAGAAAUUAUUUCACUUUGGAAUAUUUUCAUAUUUAGUUUUUAAAUACUAUUUAUACAUCGUAUGGAAUUGUGAAUUUAAUAAGUUAAUAAAUCAAUAUCGAAUCAAUUUGUACAUACGCGAGUAUAUUUGGUAAUUUAUUAUUUUUACGAAACGGUAGACGUGUGGUAUAUUAUUAUGUUUACUUUUUGAAAAUGAAAAUUACAUUAAAUAUAAUAAAAUCUCUCCGUAGUAAUUCUAAGUGUAUUUUAGUAUCUAUUUAUUCAAAUAAUGACAAAUGUGAAGUACGUAGUAUUAUUUCAAUGGCAUAACUAUGAUUUAAUCGUCUAAUUUUAAAAUUGAUCAUAACAUAAUUAAUAUAAAUAACAGUUUUUAUCACGUAGUUAACGUUGUCAAUAUUCACCUUCUUUCCUCGAGGUUUUCGAAUUCAAAGACGGGCAAGAUAUUUGGAAAAAGUAUCACGAUACGAAAUACUAUAAAUAAAUGCAUCCAGUUUUACCUUAGAAUACAAGAAAUACGAGUUACAGUCAGCAUUUUUGAAAAUAUACUAGAUACUUGACACGAAAUCGAAAUAUUGCAUACAUUUUCCCGUUUUUCAUACGUUUCUUUCCCCCGAUUAUUAAAAAAAAAAAAAAAAACCAGAAAGCUGAGCUUUGCUCUAAAGAAUAAAUAAAAUACGGCGUACAAAAAAAUGGCCAAAACACAAAUUACAAGUUUGAAAUUACAUUUAAUAUUACACUAUAGUAUGAUAUACUGUCCGUCCCUUUCCACUGCACGUGGAAACAUUUGCUAUGUACUUUUAAUAAUAAUUGCCCUGUUAAAUGCACUAAUUGAUGUGUAAUUUUUGGUACGGGUUUCACAAAAUUCUCCUAAUUUUCUACGAUUGGUUUUAUGCAAAUAUAAUAUUACUGUGACAUAAUGAGUUCUAAUUUAUACCUACUCGUAAAAAAAAGCGUACCUGCUUGCCUACCUAUAUUUCGCUUUCACGGUAAUAUACUUUUUAAGUUUUGCAUAAUUAAUAAUAGAUAUUACACAUUGUACACAACAUAAUAUAUAUAUAUAUAUAUAUAAUGACGGUCUACUUAACGUUUUUCGAUUUUAACCUAUAUUAUAAAAUACCGAAUUGUACAGUAUACAGCGAGUGCAUCGCGUAGUACACCUAUAUAAUGUAUAGUAAGUAUACCCGUAUUAUACUGUAAACGUUUCGAAAUUAAUUAUUUAAAGUAGUCCACUCACGAGCGCAAUCUGCGAAAUUUAAGUACCUAAACGUACUAGGUAAAUAUACAGUGUACGGGUGUGUGUAUGUAUAAAAAAUAGACACCGACCGCGAACGGUAUAAGAAAUGAAAUUGUUUUGAGAAAUAUAGUAUAAUAUACGUUUUUAUCCGGGGCUAAAAAUGAUUAAAAACAGGAAAGGUUCAUUCGGCGAGAGAUCUAAUUAGUGUGUGGUACUUGUUUUACAUACCUAUAUUAUACUAUAACUGGAUGUCGUUUAAAAUCUGCCCGACCGCCCGACUACCUAUAUGCAAAUUACAUUCAAAAAUCCCGUUUUAACGGCAACGAAUGUUUUAUUUUAUAAACGCAAACAAUAUUUUUAAUUUUUUUUUUUUUGUGCCUUUUAAAAACCCGAAUAUUUUUAUUGCACCUUGCUGAAGAAAAAAUUAUUAUUAUUUUUUUUUUUUUUAAUAUGCGUAUAAGUACUACAUUAAAAUUAAAAUCAUUUUUCUUCAAUCUCGAUUUUUUUUCUUUUUCAAUCAAUAUUAUUUCGCAAAAGACAACCUGCAUUGUUAUUAUUAUUAUUAUUCGAGUAGAUAUGUCAUCUUCUUAUGGUUUUAGAUUCUGAGUGGAACGAAGGAACUUUUAUUAUUUCAGUGUUUUUUUUUUUAUCUGUACGCAAAUUUUCUACCAGAAGACUUGCUUAGAUUUUCAAGUGUACCACCUUUUAUGAAAGAUAAUCGGUGUGGAGAGGUACUUUAAGGAGGUCAUUUUAUAAUUUUCUCAAGAUUUUUCUUAUCAAAUGCGAAAAACUGAAGAAAAAAAAUGGGAAUAUGUACAAAAUAUAUUAUUAAAAUAUUACGAUUUUUUUUAUCCUGUGCACGACUUCUGUAUCAGCAAUUUUGCUCCAAAUUAUAAUGAUAGCAAUGUUUCUAAAAGAAAAUGUCACUAUGUACUUUAAAUAGGCAAUUUUUCAAUUUUCACAAGAGUUUUCCCAGGAAAUGUGAAAAACCAGGAAAAACGUUAGAAAACUGAGAAAAUCGGUACAAAAUUAAACAAAUAUUAUUAAAUAAAAUAUAUAAAACCUAUUUAAUUGUCUAACUAUAAAAUGACAUAUAUUUUUGACAAAGCAUCAUUGUCAACUGAACUUCGCUCAGAAUCGUUUUUUCGUAAACAAUGGUUUAUCAUUGCUUAUAGGUAUACAUUAAAUUAUCAAUGGCAGUGACUGCACCCGUUAUCCUAGGAUGUCUUUUUUUUCGUUAAUCUAAUAAUGUCAAUUUAAAACUAAGAAAAAUAACACACCGAUUUGGUUAUUUAAUUGUUUCUCAAUAUACGUUUACGUUUUAUAAACUACUAACUGUCUUGAAAUACUUCUUUCAGUUUUCAGUUCUCAAACUUUUUAAAUCUUUUUUCAUCGCCGCAUCUUUUCCUAUGUAUUUUUUUUUUCUCAAUUUCCGUUCCAUUGCUGCCCAAAAGGUUUUGGUUUUCUUCUCUAUUGAUCGAGUGACCUAAUCACUAUAUACACUUUGUUUCAUAUCGAAACUUGUCGCUGGUACUGAUUCUAGUGGCCUAAAUACGAAAUGUUGUAUCGAUCCGGUGGAUUGUGGAAUCAAAGUAACGUGAUAUUAAAAAUAUUAUACCUGUUGAAUUUCCUUAACCGAUUCCCCAUCGCUUCAUCGACAUAUUAUUAUUAUUUUAUUUUUUUUUUUGUGAAACCAACAUACCAUCUUAAACUACAUCAAAGCUUUAGACAAGAUUAUAUUCUAUCUAAUUAUAAUAUGACUUUUGAUAAUAUUUGGAUCAUCAAGAAAUUCAAAAUGUCUGUGCACGAAGGAUAUACAGGCAAAACAAUAUUCAAAUGUGUACAAACGAGUUGCCGCACCAUUGUAAUAUUGAAUAUUUUAACGUUUACCAUUUUCAUUUUAUUUUUUAUUUUUAACAAUAUUCAACUUAAAUUUCACUCCGAUAAUAAUAUUAUUUAUUAAACUUUAAACACGUUUUCGUGUAUAGUGUUCAACGAAUACUGUAGUUAACGAUAACAAUAUCGAAUGUAUAUUAAUGAACGCAUAUAAUUCCUUAAUCGGAGGUUGUCCGAGUUCAACUACGUUAUAAUGCCGCGUAGAAAAUAGGACACCUACGUAGUGUAUAUAGUUUUCACCGACUGCUUUAUGUAAAUCACGAUUAAAAAAAAAAAAAAAACAAGUUUGAGUAGCUCACAUUAUUCGUUAUGAUUUUUUUUCUCUAUCUAUCUAUAACAUAUACUUAGAUAUAUAUAUUAUAAUAUUUUCACUAAAAGAAACAAGGAUAUACCUACCUAUACCUAUUUAAAUACAACCGUUAUUCCGGUAAUAUACGAUGUUACCUAUAUUUACACACAAUAAUAUAAUAUUAUAAUAAUAUUAUUAUAAUAUACUACAUAACAAUGCCAGUUUAUCGAGCUCUGCUCAGAAUUGUUUUUUGAUUGAAUGAUUUACCAUUGCUUUACAAUCACCAUAUAUCCAGAUAUCUUUCACCUUCUCAACUUUCCACCUACAACAGGUACUUAUAUCCAUGGUAGUCCGGCUUUUUAAACAUUUCAAUAAUUUACACAUUUAUUUAUUUUCAAAUAUUAUUUCAAUUUACGAUUUCACACAUGCCUAUAUAAUUGUGUUUGUAAUUCAUCAACUCGAUAAUUUGUAUUAGUUUUUAAUUUAAUCUACAAACUAAUAAUAAUUACAUUUUCGUUAUUUUUUAAAUUUUAUUUUCGUGUUUUCUUAUAUACACAUAUAUUCAUAUUUUAAUCAAUCACGACAAUAUGAGUAAUGUAUCGAAGUUACCAACUAUACUGCGGCAGCUGCUGUCUUAACUCUUCCAACUGGUUAUAAUAAUAUCUCACGUGAAUUUUCGAAGCUGCUUCAAAAGUUUCUAUAUAUAUCUCGUUAUGAUGGUGAAACAUUAACUUUGAAACGUGAAACGGAAGUUUUUUCAACGUAAAAACCUCGAACUAUUGAUUGAUGGCCGAAUAAUGCAUAAUAUACUAAACGUAUAUACGACAUUAAAAUAAUAAUAUGAACAUUUUUUUUUAAUAUUCAUUUUCUAAAUGAAAGUUUUCGCAGAGUAUAACAUUCAUCUUAAAGUAGUACCUAUGUGUUUAUAAUAUAUAUGUAAAUAAAAUUACAAGAUAGAUAUUAUAGAUAUUUUCGUGCGUGAAAAAUCUCAUAUUAUUUAAAGUUAAACAUUAAACCGCAAUAUUUAAAGUUAAAAUGUGUUAAACUUCAAGACUUGGUUGUUUUCAAUAUUCAAAGUGUCUUUACAUCUAUUUAGCUAAAGGCGAAUCUAUAAAUCAAAAGAGUGUAAUAUAUAUAUACACAUGCGUGUGAAAUAAUUUUGUAUGCUGAUUUAAAAUAAUUGUCAUCGAUGUGGUAAAAUAGAAGAUUAUUUUAGAAAACAUAACAUUAUUAUCGUUACCUCAACGGUAAAUAAAAUUUUUAAAAACUACAGUGUUUUCAGAAAUGAAAUUGCUUUUUAGUUAGGUAAUGGAUUCAACUUAAUUUAAACUUUAAAAUGAAAUAUCCGUUCACUGAAACUGACUUUCGGAGGCCAAUAUAGUGCGCGAUUAUGCAAUGUAAAUGAACGGCACGACACGGCAGUGUAAAAUUAACUUCUUCGAAUAUUCCCGUAUCGUUAGCCUAUCGCUAAAAUAAUAUAAUUAAACAUAUAUUAUACCUAGUAAUAAGUAAUUUAUUCACCCACAAAAUGGUGUUUUAUUGUUUGGCCUGGUACUUUAAAAGAAAGUAAAUUUAAAACAUUUGAAUAGUAACUAGGUAUAUUGUAUUGUAUAGUUUUAUCUGUUUGGUUUAAGGAAAAAAAAACAUAACAAUCAUAAAAUACUCGGUUAUAACAAGGCGUCCAAAAUUAAUAUUACCUUGAGCUAUCAAUAAUACAUAUUUACAUGGAAAAAAAAAAAAAAAUAUCAAAAUCAUUUUCAAAAAAUAAUAUAAUAUUUAUGUGUAGAUAUUUAAAUAAAAUAGGUACCUAUACCUAUCAAGAGGACGUCAGCGUGAGCUUUUUAUACAUAAAAUCAUUCUGUUGAAAAAUCAGUUUAUCCCGAAACGGGCAUAAUUUAGUAUAAAACAACUUACAAUGCAAAUUAAAUAAUAACACAACUUUAUCUAUAGAUACCUAAAUACCGGGGUUAUUAGGAUGUUUUAGCAUUUUGCGUGUGUCGAUUUUUUUGAUAAAUCCAGAAGACAGCUACCUAAGUGUAUAGAAAUCUAUUUCCUAUACUAGUAGUUAAAAACACGCUAUUUUUAAUUUGUUUGUUUUGAAGAUUUUGAAGAUCUGACUACUGCAUAUUUUAACAUUUUAAAAAUGUUAGGUCAUUUUAUUAAGUUUAUUUAUAAAAUUUCCAAAUAAUAUCAAUUAUGUAUUCUUUUUUAGUUUUAUUUCUCGUCAAUAAAAACGUUUGACUAUGAUUAAUAUCGUCUAUGGUAUCUAUGCUAUCGCCAAUAAUCAAAUAUUAUUCGCCAAUUAGAUAUAAAAUUUGUUCUACUUGUUAGCUAGUUGCUGGUACUUGGUGAUAAACAUUUAAUUUUUAAAUUUUUCAGCGCAUAUAUUUUUUUAUAAAUUAAAGUUAAGUUUUUUUUUUUGUAAAAUAAAUUAAUAAAACAAUAUUUAUUAGAGUAUAUUAUUGUCUAUUUGUGCAUAUUAUGAUAUUUUUUCAGCAUACUUUUAAAGAUAUAUUUCGUAUUUUUAAAGCAUAUAAAUCAUGACCCUAAUAAUGACAUCCGUUUAGUAAAAUAUUAAAAUUUGCGGCUUUUUUUUAAUUGCGGAAAAUGCAACUUUUUAAUCUUUCUUACCCGCCGUCUCAUUCGAGUAAAUUGAAAAUCAAUAUGUCUGUUCGAAAUUAUGUUUUUAGCUUUACAGUUAUUAUAUAAUAUGUAAAUAUUCUAAAAAAUAUAUUGAAGAGUAUUUUUUUUAUGCUUAAUGUGGACAUAUUAUUUUUAAAUACAUUUCAUGACUAUGCUAUAAAUGCUUGUGAUAAAAACCCGGGACCAUUUCUAAAUUUAUAUUUAAGUGAAUUUUAAUAUAAUUGAAACGAUUUAUUACCCAAACGAAACCCCUUAAACAGAGAAGUUCGUGACUUCUUAUUAAACGAUAUUAGUUUUUUUUUCAGAUUUUUAAAACUAAUAAAAUACUACUUAUAUUUUUACUUAUAUAAGUAGGUAUAUAUUACUUUAGAACAGGUAAAUCUUAAUCAUUUUCAAAUUUUAGAAUUGUCUAUAGUUCCAUUGUGAAAAUAUAAUAUAUUUCUGAACGAGUAGGCAUUAUCACCUAUUAUCAUUUAUGUGUUUAGUGGCCUACUUUUAAAAGAAUGAUAUUUAAUUAUAAAACUGUGACAGAUUUUCAAUAUUCAUGUACUUUAAAAUAAUUAUUUCUCUAAUCACGUACCUAUUCUAUAAAAUGGGUACUUUUUAAUGUUUCUAGGUAAAAAAAUAUUGUAUCAACUUCAUAAUGUCUGUCUAUUCAUCGGGAGAUAAAAACACUCUUAUUAAACUUAACAUUGAAAACGGAUUUAACAGUGCAAGUUCUAUAUUAUUUAUCAUGGAGCACACUAAUAGAUAUAUGAUAUUAUAUUAUACAGGAUUUUCCAAUUUGACAGUUUACAUACGUGUAUUAUUUUAUUUAUCGAUCAAUUUUAUAAAAAACUAAAUUUUUACAUUCCGAUUGAAUUACACGCAUUCAGAGACGCUCGCUAAGAAUUAACUCACUAGGUGCACAAAAAGGAUUAUAGUAAUAAAAUGAAAUAAGAUGAAUUUAAAAUUAGUUUAUUCGUUCUAACAAAAUAUAAAAACACAUUCACAAUAAUCAUGCAAAAAGCAAUGCAAACCACUUGGAACUCUUAAUUUCGUCAAUAACGAACGUCAAUCCGUCAGUAGGUAACUAAAGUAUGAUAUUGUUUUUCUCAGAAUUGGUAUUUACUAUUUUAGCCAUCACCGUGGAAAUAAAUUUAAAAAAAAAACGAAUUUUUAUACUUUAUUAUUUAAAGUCUAAAUUAUUAAAAAGUAUUUUCUCAUUUCCUCCAUGCAUCUAUAUAAAAGUGUACUUGAAAUAUAAACGCGGUUUUUUUUAAAAAUUAUUUCAGAAAUAAUGAUUUAAUUUUCUUGAGUAGUUACGUGAAAUAUAAUCUUUUGGUGUAUACAAUCUAUUCAUAAAAUGGAAAUAAUAUAUGCCACAACAACCAAUACUCAUAACUUGUCAAGUGUACACACUUUUGAAUAAUACAUUUCACGGGGACAUAAAUCCUGAACGAUAUAAAAAGAGUAUAGGUAUAUGUAAUCUCGGGCCAUUCAAUACUGUCACAGAACAACACGAUAACGAGUUUUAAAGUAAUUUUUGAACAGUAUGUAUAAUAUGCAGGCACUGCGCUUUUGUACAGCACCUAUGUAGAGUGUGUAAAAAACUCAAUACUCGACUGUAGUACUUUAACCGGAGUAUCUUUAGCUUGUACAAAUGCCCGCCUGCCUACAUUAUACGGUAGUAAUUUAUUAUGAUAUGCUAAUUAUAUUAUUAACUCAAAACGUACAUAUUAUAAUAAUUUUCUACACUCGUCUGCAUUUGAAACUUUGCAAAUUCAACGUUCGUAUACCAAAAUGGUAGGAGGGUAGGUAUAGGUAGAUAUAUAUAUAUAUAUAUAUAUAUAUUAUAUAUAUAUAUAUAUAUAUAUACAUAUAAUAUCUACCCAUGUGUGUAUGAAACUGCGCGCUUGAUUUAAAUUUAUCUGAUAGGUAGCUAUGAUACGCCUAACAAAUGCACAGUACCACGAUAUUCUAAAAUCUAGCAUAAUAGGUACUCGUAUAUAAAUCUUUAUUUGCGUCGACAAUGCAUUCGAAAAACAUCAAAAACUGCCUUUACGCGGUCUCGACGGGUCGUUAUGAUGUCGUUUAUAAACGCCCGAUGUGUAGCUUACCUCAAAAUGUUUAUCGCAUGAAAUAACAAUAAUAAUAAUAAAUUUGAAUUUGACUGCAGGCCGUAUCACUAAACAAUGACUAUAUAACUGCUCGACGUGCAGCUUUUUCGUUUUUGGUUCUCUAUUACUUUUAUUUGAGUUAUUUAAAUCAAAACGGUAUACAAAACCCUGAACAUGCAUUCCGCUCACCCGUACGUCGUUUUUGAAAAUAUAAGCGAAUAUAACACAUCCGUAGAAAAACCCACGACAAAAACAUUGUAUAAUCUUUAGAUAAAAACAAAACGUGUCGAAAAUUAAUUGGAUAUCCCGAAAUGUCGGAACAUAGGUAUUAAGUACCCACCUAAUGACCUAAUUUAUAAAAUUGAAACGAUAGUCAUCCGUUGCAACAAUUUAAAACACCAACGUACUUACUUAACUCAAUCAUCAUGACUUGCUACGUAAGUAAUAUUGCGUGCCAGAUUAUACGACGAGAUUGCCAAAUAAAUAAAUUCUAAUUUUAAGAUAAUGCUUAUCUUGAUAACCGGUAGUUACAAUCCGUUAUCAUAAAACGAGCAUUGCAAUACUCGGUCAACGUUAAUUUCAGUAAUCCGGUGUUUUGAUCCAGUACUUUUCAUAUUAUUUAAAUAAUUUUUGAUAAUUUCGCAUAUUAUACAAGCCACAGUGAGUUCAAUACAAAAAUAGUUGAAAUCAAUUUUAAAUUAAAAUUUAAAAAAAGAACUCUACUUCAUAAAAGAAUAACGAAAACAUAAUACCAAAGUUUUGCCGAAUUUAUAAGUAAGCCUAUAAAUUCGUAUCAAAUUUAUAAAUAAACAGUUACAUCAUUUAACUGACUUGAUAAAAUGAAUAUCAAUUUGGCCAUAUUUUCGUACACUUAUUAUGCAUUUUUUGUUUGCUCACAAAAAUAACUUUUUACCGGAGAUGCGCCGAUUUCGAUACAAAAACUUUCGAAAACUUUCAGAAAUACAAAGUUUUUCUUAUUUACAUUUUAGCUUUUUAUUUUUGUUUAAUGUAUAUCAUUUCCGUUAGAUUCUCUUAUAUAUUCAUAUUUCUAAAUAACUUAAUUGUAUAUACUAUUAUAGCCAAUAGUUACCUAGAUAAUUUAUAUCCGUCUCACACGUUUAGAUCAAAAAUUCUUUAUGCAAAUACAACACAUUUAUAGUACAUAAUUAUUGAAUCAACGUAAUUAUAUUAUAAUAAUAAUAUAGGUAUAAAUAGUUUACAAAUCCAAUCUUAAGUUGGAAUAUUUUAACGGGAUAGACGAUUAGGAAGAAAGUUCAGAUUUUAUAACAAAUACUCUUUUGGGGGGACAUGUGUGAAAGAAAAUUAUUCAUACUUAUUUAAAAAUAAUAAUUUUCUAUAUAAUAUUUUGAUUUUAACGGGAGUAACACUACAUUUUGUUAUUCCAUAAUGUAAUAAAGUGUGUUUCUCUCUUAUUAGAUUUUUUUUUUUUUUAGUAAUGUCGUAGGUACCUUUUUAUAGUUAGUAAAAAAUGUUUUAUAGUCUACAGAGUUUUUAUUUCAACGGUGGUGACGUACAACUAUACAUGCUGACAAUAUAAUAAAAAAUACAAAAUAUAUGGGUAAAUGCAUAGUAUCCUACCUGCUAGUGCAUAAAUAGUCGUAAAGAUUUGACUUUGAACAACGCAAUAAUCUGGGGAAAAACACUUGGAAACAUUGACGACGCACAUAUGCGUAAUGCAGUAAUUCACAAACGUCAAGUCAAAAUAUUAUUAUUACAAUUUACACAAUUAAAUGUAUGAAACGAGAAAUACGCAUUUCAUAAUGCUGUCAUGAUUUCAAAAGUCCGGUUUUUAUGCUUAAACAUAUUUUAAUUUUAAAUAUAUCGAUAAAAAAAUUAUUUAUUAUUUACCAACAUGAACCGUUUAAAAAGAUAUCAACGUAUCUGUACGAUAAUUAUAAAAAAAUUAUUAAUGUCCUUGUCCCUUGUUUCAUGGCCAUCAAAAUAUUAUUAAUAUAUAAGUUGACUUUAUGACUCGAACGUUUUAAAAACCUUUUUUGUUGACACACCGAUUUCAAUCCUGUCCGUAAUUAAACGUAAGGGAUUCAUACGAAUGUCUCAGUGCAGUAAACUAUAUUUAUUAUUUAUUCGAGUUACUAUAUUAUUUAUAUUAUCAGGUAAUGUGUGGCAUUUAUAUUGUAUUCCGUGCAUUUAAACGUAUACCUAAAUUACUGUGCACGUGGCGUAAUUGCUGCAGCUGUGAAACAAAAAAAAAGAGGAACCAACGCUAUACAAAUCCCAAGUGACAGUCAUCAUCCUGGAUGGCUAUUAUUCAUAUACAUAUAAAUAUAUUCAUAUAUAUUCAGUGGAAGAUUAAAGAUUUUUUCAGGGAGGGAAAAGGCAAAAAAAAAAAAUUACAGCUCAUUAUUUUCACGCUACAUUCGAAUUAAAUAAUUUUCAGGUCCGGAUACCCGUCCUGCUAUACACUCGCACUGCAGCUACUAAACGCAUAUACCUCCUCUGUAUGUUACGGUCUUGUGCCAGGGUUAAAUAAUUAUGUUUUAGCGAGACUCGACAUUGCAAGACAUUAAUAUAUGUAUAAAAGCACGCGAUAAUUAAUCGACUCGUCUUGUCGCGUUUUAAUUAUUCUCGUUUCCCGAUUCCGUACAUAUUGUAUACUAUACAUUAUACCUAUAUGUGUUAGUGUUUUGCAACGAUACAAAAAUAAUGCGUCCAUACAACAUAAUAUACCAAUUGUACACCGUGCAUGUAUUUCAUUAUUAUAACCGCCGUGUAGUUGUAUGGAUACAGUUAGAAAAAAAAAACUAUUAAGUCCAUUUUAUCAAACGCCAGUUAAAUGACCGAUAAACUAGCUCGGUUAAAAACGAAAUGUAGAAAUUAAAGAAAUGAAAAUUAUACAGGCAUUUAUUCCGAGUUUGAGUGAGCUAGUGUUAACAAACUAUUAAAGUUCUCAAAAUGCAUUAUUCGCGAUGUUAGUCACAUCUUAAACUCGGCUUUGAUCGUAUAUUUAUAUUAUGUUUCAGGAUAUUUGAAAAAAUGGUCAGAUACUGCGAUACGUUCAUUAGUCAAUUGCCGCUGUCGUUCAUCCUAGGGUUUUACGUUACUUUUGUGGCUCAAAGAUGGUGGGAUCAAUAUUUGGCGAUCCCGUGGCCGGAUAAGUAAUAAAUUCUUGAAAAUAAUUAUACAAUCCCCGUUGAUAAAUUUAAAACAUUUGUUUUCAAGAGCAAUGCAUACAAUAGCAUUGUACGUAGAAGGAAAUGACGAUUACGGCCGUAUGGUACGGAGAAACCUAAUGAGAUAUUUGAUUUUGACUUUGAUAUUGGUAUUGCGGUCCAUCAGUUCGUCGGUGAAAAAACGUUUCCCCACAUUAGAACACGUGGUCGAAUCCGGUAAGUGUACCUAUACUAUAAUAAAAUAUAUUACAUUCGAAAUUAAAAUUGACAUUUAAUUUUAUAUUACAUUUUAUAACUUAGAAAUUAUGAAAUAUCUAUAUUUAUUUAGGUUAUAUGACCGCGGACGAAAUAGAAGUAUUCUAUUCGCUUCCCAAAGUUGAAUUCAAUACGUAUUGGGUGCCAAGUACGUGGUUCACCAAUCUGUUGAAGGAAGCCAGGAAGGCUAAGCGAAUCGAAGACGCCGAAGGAGUUAAAAUCAUUAUGGAGGUAUAAUAUAACGGAAGUUUAACGUAAUACAUGACUAUUGAAUUAAAAAUAAAUAUAUAUAACCUGGUAAAGGUAUCUGAAUGAAAAUGAAAAUGAAAAGGCUUUGUAUAGCAUAUAUCAUAUAAUAAAUAGGAUCCGAAUGAUUCUUUCUUUACUAGGUACCUACUGAAAUAUAAAGAUCUUGGUAAAGCCGUCAAUAUUAUAUCCACAAUCUCGACACGAAAUAUAAUUUCAAAUUAUCCCCGGGUCGGAUUUACUACAGAUAGAUACAUCCACAUUGAUAUAAGCUAUAAACACAUGAAAUGUAUUCGAACCGAAAAACCUGUAAAAAAGUCAUAUUAAUAAGUUUAUUCCAAAAAAAAUAUCAGGAAAUAUCAACAUCACACCAUGGGUAGGCAAUUAUUAAAAGUGAAUAGUUAGAAAAGUAGGAUAUAUAGGGUAAUUUAGUUUAUAUACAGCAUACAACGAUAAAUCAUUACAGACGUGAAAAACGCUUCUGAGUAAAAUUCGGUUUAACAUUUUUUCAUAAAUUACAUAAAUGUAAAAUUUAAAGUGUAUUAAUUUGUAACAAAAUAAACUUCAUUUAUUUGUGAUUUUUAAUGAAUUUCAACAUAAAUGUGUAAAUAUUACUACGUCUGUAAAGAGCAAAUAUAUUGUAAAAUUAUCAAGUAUCCACGAUUAUUUUCCACUGAAUUCAAAAAAAAAUCUAUCGAAAUGAAUGUAAACCGUUAUUGCGUAAAUAUUCCUAUUAUUCCAUCGUUUUACUCAUUAUUAAGAAGAGUACGAGAAGUUGUUUUAAAAAAGACCUCCACAAUAUGUAUACCAACUAGAUCGAAAAUACUACCAAUGAGUGUUUAUAAAUUUUUUAAUUUGGAGCAAUAUUUUCGGUCAAAAAGUUCUUCACAACAAAAUCAAGGAAAAAACCACAAUAUACGCCAUUAUAUAAUAAAACCAACAGGCACAUAAUAAAAAUAUUUGUUUUUUUGUACCUUUUCACCUAUAAUAUUUGCAUAAAUAAUUAAUAAGAUAAUAAUUUUCUUAAUAUUUUUCACACUUUAACACGCUUACGAACCGAGUAUCUAUCAAUUGUCAGACACCUAACAUAAUGUGAACCGCAUUUAAAUUUAUUCCGCUUCGGUUUUGGAAUAUUAUUCAAAAACAACACGACGUACCUACACCAAUAUUGAAUUUCUUUUCCCAGACGUAUCAAAUUUUAUCUAUUCCGUAGAUUUAAAUAUCUUACCACGCACAAAAAAUAUGAUAAAAACCAACUGCCACCUCGUAAACUUUCGCUAAACAACGACUUUCUAUAUAACUUUAAAAAUCACGAACACGAUGACCUACAACCUUCCCGGUUUAAUCUGCACGUCAUGUUAAAACUGAAAACUCUUAAACAAAAUAUCUGUUACAAUAUUGGGUACCUAUAUAAACAAAAAUAUUUUGUCAAAGAAAAAUUAUUAAAAUAAUAAUUUAUGAAAAGACAAUACUAUUAUGCAAAAAUCAUACCUUGGUGUAUUUGUAUACAUUUCCAGUCUCGUGAUUUCGGUAUAAAAUAAUAGUACAUUAAUAUUAAAAUGAUAAAAAUUGAAUUAAUGUCAGUAGAUAAGUACAUAGGUAUAUAAAAGAAAAAUCGAAUAAUUUAAAAACAUUUUGACAGAUGGAAAAAUAUUACAUAAAAAGGACCUUUAGCGAACAUAAAUUCAAGAACUUUUUUUCCUCGAUAAAUAAUGUUUUUUUUUUUUUUUUUUUUAAUGUAGCCAUCCUCUCCGAUAAAAAUAUCGAUAAAUUCACCUGGAAGUGUAAAUCAUUCGAACCAGAUUUUUUAUUCAAUUUCCGUAAAAAAUAAUUUUACUCGUGUUUUAUAAACACGGAAGGUACCCUAUUUAAUUCGAUAAAAUUAUGGAAAUAUUAAGAAAAAUAUCAUUAUUUGGGCAUAUCAAAAUAACUGUAUCAUUUAUAAUAUUGUAUAAACAAUUAUUAUAAUGUCUAUUAAUGUACACUAAAAAUUUGAAACUAGUCUUGUUUAAUGCCUAAGCAAUUUUUUUCAAUACUGAAACUAAUGAUGUUUUCAAAAAUUCGUAGUUACCUUUUGAGUGACAGUAGAAAAAUCCUAAAGUUCGUAGAUUUUAGGAACUGAUUUAGAUUUAUUUAGUAUGGCUAUUAAAGUAAGUACGAGCGGCAAUUUUGGAAAACCCCAUCAAAUUCAGUAUUGAUAAACCUACACUUUAAGAAAAAUCACUUUUGUCGUAAAUUAGACUUAUUAUAUACAGACAAACUAUAGAGGCUUAUAGAGAUACCAAAUAUUUUAUUAGAUACCUACAAAGUUUAAUUUUCAUUUGCAAAUGAAAAAACUGAAUAAUUGUUUAAAACAACUGUAAACAUUGCAAUUAAACCAUUGCACAGUUUGCAUCUAAAAGUUGUUAGAAAUAUAUAUAUACCACAGAAGUAUAAUAUUUAUUUGAUACACACAGCAUAUUAUGCGUGUAUUAUAUUUUGUUAGUUGUUACUGAAGAUUUCUAUUAUACGCUAUGAUAAUUCAAUGAUUUGUGUUUGUUGUGCUGCAAGUUCGUACAUUUUGGGUAUACUUACAGUAAAAUAUACAGCACAAAUAAAAUUCUAUAUCAAAUCUUAAUUCUAUAAUAUGAAAAAAGACUUUCUAAGUUUUAUUUAUUUUUUGUCGGUUUUCAUACAGCAGAAGUAAAAAGUUAAAAUUUACUCCAACAUGGUAAACCUUCAUGACAAGAACAAAAUGUUCUACAAAAGUAAUAGCUACAGGUAUAAGUUUAUAUUUGUAUAAACGUCAGACCUUGUUAAAUAAAACGAAAAAUUGAUAACCAAUUUAAAAUAUCUAAUCAUAAAAAGCCAAGUAAAAAAAAAAACAAAAACAAUAGUUACAGUCAAUCUGAAGCAGAGAUAUCUGGGGACAGUUUAUACAUUAUUAUUCUAAAGUAGGUAACUACUUAAUUUUUGUUUUUCCUCUCAUUCAAAAAUGAUACCUAUGAGGCUGACACGUAUCUGUUCGAACUUUCGAAGUGUUUUAUAAUCCCGUCCAUUUAUAAAAUAUUGCUUGUUUUAAGUAUAUUUUUUUCAUUGUCAAUAUUCUUCUCUGUUUUUUUGUUUUCGUACGCAAAUCAUCGAAGAACAGUUACAGUUGAUGAGAAAAUGGUAUAGAUUAUGGCUCAAUCUAUCACUGUUUCAAAAAUGUCAUAAAACCAUAAUUUCGUAUAAUACCUGCUUCUUGUUAAUAAUAUCGCUCCACUACGUGAGUUUUCUACUUCAAACAUGUUUUCUGACCUGACAUUUUUCAUUUCCGCCCUUUCAUCAGUGAUGUACUCAGCAUUUUCAUAUGAGGGGGGAAAUCUGAAUACAACUAUAUAGUAACACAAUCAUUACAUAUAAUACCAGAUAGACCUCGGUAAAGUACUUGGUACCUACUAAUUCAAACAAUACAUCUGUUGUUACGUCAUUUUCUAAAAUGUAUUUAUUUAUUUAAUCGCAUUUCAAAAAUAGUGAUAACUAUAGUGAAUAGUUUAGUAUAGUUGAAUGUUGCCACCAAAUAUCAAUAAAAAGACAUACUUCACACGUGGGUGCAGCCGCUGUUGUAAGUGAGAAAUUGUGAAGAUAGGAUACAGGCGGGAAUUCAAUAUAACAAUAAAAUAUUUCUUAAGAAAAAACGAUUCUGAGCGGAGUUCAGUUAACAGUGUUGCUUUUUCAAAAGUAUAAAUGUCAUAUUAUGGUAAAAUAAUUACAUAUCCAUUAAACAUUUUCUUCAACAAUAUUUGUUUAAUAUUGUACCUAUUUUCUUGUUUGCCCUACGUUUUUUCCUAUUUACUAUUACCUAUUUUUGUAUUGAGAAAAUUUCUGGGAAAAUCGAAAAAUAACCUCCCUAAAGUACCUCCCCAAUCAAAUUUCCUUUCAAAAAAAUAGCUCUCAUUGUAAUUUUAAUCAAAAUUGCUGAAGGAAAAGUUAUUCAUAGAUAAAAAAAAAUCAUUGUAAAAUUCACUCUACUCAGAAUCUAAAAGAUAAUAGUUGAAGUAAUUUCAUAAAGCUUAAAUUAGUUAUGAAAAAAGGAAGACAUCCUCAUUUCCCUUAUAAACACGCCCUUACUCUCCUUUAUUUCUAUACUCGACAUGGUUUUUAAAAGACCAAAGGUUUUUAAUUAGGCCAUUAAUUUUCUCGAAACAGUUUCAAUUUUGUAGUGAGCCGAAUUUUUUUUUUAUACAUAUAUGCUGAGACUACAAUUCCCAUAUUAUUUUUCUGGCAACUGCCAACUGCUCUCAAAUUUCAUACAUGAUCGGUUAAAAUUACCAACACUCGAAUACAUUCCUACCGAACUUCAAUAUUAUAGAUACCCAUUACCCAUAAGCCUGCCUAUACCAAUAUUUCAAGAUUACGGGUUAAUAUAUUACACUCGUACAUUGAAAUUAUACCGAAAUACCACAUGAAUAAUAAUACUUAUGUUUUUAGUUUAAAGAUGAUCAGUAUUAUUAGGGUUCUAAAAUUGCAAGAUACUUAUAUUUUUUAAAUAUUUCUUCAAAGUUUUAAGAUAAAUGUAAUUUGAUUUAUAUUUAAAUGUAAAACUUUAAUAAUAACUACACCAGACAUUUACCUAAAGCACUGAACAGUCAUAAUGGUUAAUCAUAUAGCUUUUUUAAAAUAUUGUUAAAAAUAAAUUUAAAACAUUUACAAUUAACAAUGGGUAGUCUUAACAAGUUUAAGAACUCAACAUCAUCAAUACAAGCAGUCACUUAAAAAAACUGUACAAACUUUGUUCAUGAUUUUAAUUUUUAAUUGUAUUAUGUUUGUUUGCGAAUUCAAAAUAAAAUUUAAAAAAAAUACAGACAUACUUAGCACUAUGGAUAGGCCACUGUUGUAAAUGAGAAGUUGGGAAGGUAGAAUAUAGAAAAUAAUUGAAUGUAUAUCUAUAGGUAAAGAUUAUUCUAGGCUAAAGAAAAACGAUUCUGAAUGGACUUGAGUUGCACAUCCAUUUUUCCUACAUUUUUUCCCGGUGUUUCCCAUUUAUUAUGAAAACCUCUAAGUAAAUCAAAAUAUGACUUCCUUAAAGUACUCACUCCCCCAAUCAUAAUUUUUCGAAGCAAAAUUGCUUGUAUAAAUGUUGUCCACAAAAAAAAUAAUAAUAAUAAUAACUAUCAUUAUAGAACCAAUAAAUUCCUCGCUUCAAUCAUAAAACAUAAUUUUUAACUGUUAAAAUCAUAUAUUUUAUGAUUAUUACUAAACAAGGUCAAUUUGAAUAAAAAAUUGAACAUUUAAAGUUUAAAAAGAAUCCAAUACUAAUAAUUGUAGUAUUAACUAAUCGUUAAUACAACUUUAUAAAACAUAAUACACAGCCGAACCAAUAAACACAUAUUCAGAAGAAGAAAAAAUUAAUUUUUCAAUAUUUUAUAUUCGUAACCCUAAAUAUUAUUAUGUUAUAGGAGUUUAACGAAUUCAGAUCGAAAUGCGGUCUUUUGUGGAGCUACGACUGGAUCAGUAUACCGUUAGCAUACACCCAAGUAAUUUGAAUUUUUUCUUCUUUUCAUUUUCAAAUAGGUACCUAGCAAAGUAAUCGAAUAAUAUUACGUUUAAUUUACUCAAGGUCGUGACUAUUGCGACUUAUUCGUUUUUUUUCACCGCUGUUGUCGGACGACAAUACGUCGAAGGAUCGUCGAAAAUGCUACAAACAGAAAUCGACGUUUACAUACCGGUGUUUACAAUAGUACAGUUUUUGUUCUUCAUGGGACUUUUAAAGGUACGUCGGAUAAAAAUAACAUUUCAAUGUACCUAAUAUAAAAACCUGAGGAGUAAUACAUCAUUUUAAAACAAUAACGGAACCUACAUAUAAUUAUUUCUACAAAAGAGCAUACAUAAUAUCAGGUAUAUUGUUUUAGUUUUAAAAGUUUUACAUAAUGCACAUAUGUAAAAUCUUUAGAGACGGUUUUCCUACAAUUUUUUUUUUUAUCGUAUUUUCACAACGUUAUAUAUUUGUAUGUAAUUAAAUUAGAAUAAUAAUUGACUAAAAAAAUAAUAUUAUUUUACCUUUAAAAAUAAACGAAUUCACUGAAUUCGUUUGUAAUUCAGCUUAUUUAUACAUUCGGAAUGUGACGAUUCAUUGAUCAGUCAAAAUCAUAGAUAAAAGAAAUACGGAUAUUCAACUCGGCUGAUAACAUUUUUCGCUUAAAAGGAUAACCCUUGACGGUAUUUAUUUGUACUAUACUUUUCGUAAUAAUAAUGGUAGUAACUGCAGUUAUACAUAUAUAUAUAUAUAUAUAUACUGAUAUGAAAGACACAUAAACAUUUUUUCAUGCAACUAACGCAACAAAUAGGAAAUGUUUUAGUUACUCACCGAACCGUUUUAUUCAGCUAUAUAAGUUGAAUAUCUAUAUUUCCUUUAAAAAAAAAAGGUUAAAGUUCAUUUCAUUCAGUCGCCUAAGCGCGCAUUUUAUCAUCCGUAUUCAGUGAAUUUUGCUAGUAAAGGCAUAAUGGACUGACCUGAAUGAUAUAGACGGAAGUUUAGAAAACUGAACAGAACGGACGCAAUGGGCAUUUGAAUAUUUAAAUAUAGCAUGUUAAACAAUUAAUUUGCGUGACUGUAUUGAACUGAAAUGAACGGAUCCGGUAUGCUCGUCCCAUAAAUGCAUGAAUGUGUUCAUCCCUCGUUACGCUCCGAAUCUGAAGUAAUUUUAUUAAAAAUGAAUUAUUAAAAAAUAUUAGUAAACGCAAAAAAAAAACUAUAAUGAACAUUAAAACGUAAAAUUGUUUAACUUAUUCUCUCGUAAAAUUGUUAUGCGUAAAUAUAUAAUAAUAUUAUUACAAUAUCAAUCAUCGAUUUAAGUAACAUUAAAAAAUAUCGUAUUAUUCAAAGAGCCAAAUUGUAUAUACAUUUUAGAUGGAUUAAAAAUAGUUUGUUAAAACUUGUUCCAGUAAUAAUUAAAUUAAUAUUUAAACAAUACCACGAUUAAAUGCAAUUUUAAUAUUUGUAUUGAAUUACUAAAUUACAUAGUAUUAAGUUUAUGUAGAAUUUUGUUCGUAUAUUUAGUUAAAUAAUGAAUUAUUACUGAACAACAUUAUAUUGAUCCAUUUUUUUCUCCCCACUGCAGGUAGCUGAACAGUUAAUUAAUCCCUUCGGAGACGACGAAGAAGAUUUUGAAUUAAAUUUUCUUAUUGAUAGACACACAAAAGUAAAUUCACGUGAAAAUAAUAAUAAUAAUAAUUUCAACUCUCAAGCUUAUUUAUUAUUACUUUAAAAAUUAUUAAUAACAAAUGAUGUUCAGGCGUCCUUUUUGGCAGUAGACUUUCUUGCCAAAAUUAACCUACCGUUGGUCAAAGAUAUUUACUAUGAUGAAUUUGACGUAUCACUUCCGUACACGAGCGCGUCAGCACCGUUCAAAAAAAGGAGCCACAGAGGAUCCGUCCAUAAUAUGCCGUAAUUAUACUAUACGAUUUUAUUGUUCGAAAACUAUCGUAACUAUAAUUUUUAAAGUAAUGUAUUAUGCAGUGUUCCUGAAGACCAACACAUGAUGUUCCUACCAGAAAUAAUCGAAGAAACAGACCCCGAUCAGUUGAAACGAAAGACGUCGACGAGUUCGAACAAGAGCGACCCGAAAUACGGUCAAAACAAAGAUAAAUUCAACGAUUCUUUAGGCAUAAUGCAGUAAGUCAUUUACAUUUUAUUCACAUCAAUUUUAUCGUGACGCAUCAUACAAAUUUUACCUUGUGCUCAAAAACUUAUAGGAAACAUACGACACAACGGUAGGUAUAAAAACUUAUACAGCUAAUGUAUAUAUUUUAAAAAAAUACUUGAUUAUUAUAAUAGUUUUGUAAAAUACAAAUCGAAAAUAAAAAAAAAUUAGCUGAUACUGAUGAGUGCGUCACUAUUAUAAGUGGAAAGUUGGAAAGGUAGUAUACAUAAAGUUAUUUAAUUUAAAUCUGUAAGCAACGAUAAGCUAUAUUUCCAACGAAAAACGAUUUUGAUUAAAGUUCGAUGAUAUAUGAUUUGAAAGGCCGUAAUAUUUACAAUUUUAAUCUUAAAAAUAGUAUAAAAAAAUAUUACUACAUUACACUACUUUUUAUUUAUUAACGAAGUACAACUUAUAAUGAACCUCGUAUUAAAUUUCCAAGCAUUUUUGUUUGGUCAAACAAUUAAAUUCAUAUAGUACUUAUACUAAAUAAGUUUUUCUAUAAACUUUUCCUAUCUAGUACCUAUUGUAAAUAUGUAAUACAUUAACGCAUACAUUGAACAAGGACAAUACUUUAUUUAUUUAGAAAGUAAAAUAACAGAAGAAAACCUAAAUAUAUUUAGUAAAAUUCACAAGCAAAAGAAGGCUUUUCAAAAUAAAAAUCAUCUACUGACCACAAAUAGUGUAACCCAAUAGAUAAAAGGAAAAGUUCCUAAAAGUAUAUGUGUGGAGGGUGGACCCCAUGUACCAAUAAAACUUAGACAAUUGGUACAGAAGAGAAAAAUAUUUAGAGGCUGCUUUCGAAAUGUGAUACUAUCGAAGAAUGUCUAAGAUUCAAUGGACAGAAACAGUAACAAAUUGAGAAUUACAGAACAGAAUAAAGGAAAAAAGACAACUUUGAAAUAGUAUUAAAUUCAGAAGGGAUAAAAUUAUAGAACAUCUUAGCAUCUACUCCGUCACGAUAGUUUCACAAAAAUCACCACAAAAAAGAAAGUACAAAUUAAUAUUAUCGGAAGGCGUCCAAUGUCCAUAGAUUUACAAAACGGAUUUAUUGUUGUACAAUAAAUCCUACAAUCCUUGUAGGAUAUAAAGGAAAUAAGUUACGGAAUAGAGAUCUAUUGCAUCUGGAUCAAGGAUUGAAAGCGAAAAGAAAAUAGUACCUUUUAGGUUUAUAUUAAAAGCUAUAAAGUCUAUAAAGCAUACCUAGGUGUUUUAUUUUUUCUCGGCACCUAUUGGUUAUUCAUUGGCAUAGUAAUAUUCAUCUCAUAAGUAAAAUUUAAAAAAAACGAUUAUUGAUUACCGUAAGUUAUGAAAAAUGGUUUCAAUGGUAUAGCCAGGGUGGGGGUUUUAGGUGUUAUAACCCCUCCUCAUUUUUUAUUUUUUUAUCUAUAGGUAAAGUCAAGAAGGUUGUAGAUCCCUAAACUCCCUUAGACAUCUCUAAACUCCAUGUUGAUAAAUCCUGGCCACUGUAUGAUUUUAUAAAUUAUCAUAAAUUGGAUUUUAAUAAAUCGAUUUAUAACGUAAACUAGAUAAACAAAAAAUUAAUACUACCCAAUAAAAAUAUCAUUGUCUCUAGACGGAAAAUAUGUUUACACCGAUAUAUGCUGCUACAGUCUGAAACUAACUGGUUAAUAUGAUAAAAAAUAUAUUCAUAUAAAUGGGAAAUCUUAACAAAACUGUUGAAGUGUUCGAAAUACCGUAAACUGUUAAAAUAAUUACCAAAUCUUGUCCAUAUUCAUAUAUCUACAUCACAAACACAUUUUCUAAAACGUACAAUUUAAAAUUAAAACAUUGUAUAUUUUGCCCAAAAUUCUUGCUUCAAUCAAAAACUUUAUUUGUACUUUAUGUAUAGAAUUUUGUAUCUAGUCGAUGCAUUUGAGAAGGUGAUUUUUAAUAUCUAAAAAUAAUAAUCGUAUACGAUUUAGAAAUUUAAUAGUUUCCGCGGACAAGAAUAUGGCAAACGCCGGUAUCGGAAGAUACCUAUAAAACUUUAUGAUUUUUUGCGUACAUCCGGGUGGAUGGAUAUUAAAAAAAUAUGAAACCCCUUUUGUAUACAUAAAUAAACGGUUAUCGUAAAAGUUGUUUUCUUAAAAAACAUAAAGAUAAUAAUAUUCAGCAAAUGUUUUAAUAGGUAUAUAAAUGUUAUAACAUUGUUAUACUUUGUUUAAAAAAAAAAAGAAGCUAUAAUAAAAAUAUAAUAAUGGUGGUACACCGGUAAUAAUAUUAAAAAAUAUUGUGUCUUAUGUACAUACCGAAUUGUUUCAAUUUACUAUAUUUUUAUUAUUAAUAUUUCUUUUCAUUACCUACAAAGAUUAAUAGUAGAUGUGUUUUAUGUUUUUUGCAGUAUAAGCGCGUAUUAAAAAUGAAAUCCAGACAUAUUUCGUACCAUGGGUAGGCCACUGUUGUAGGAGAAAAAUUUGGAGGUUAGAAUAUAGGUUGGUUUAUAUACUUUAAUCGACAAUCGUUGCAAUCAAAAAACGAUUCCUAAACCUGGUAAACUUGUAAGGUAUUAAUUGUGUUUUCCCCUAAUAGCCAACAAAAAAGAGAAGGCCAGAAAUCAUAUAAAAUAAAACCGAUGUAUCAUUAUUAGCUCCCUUUUUUUAUUUUUUACUUUUUGGAAAAAAAACUUUUCUACCAGAAAACUUGCUCGGAUUUCUACGUGUAGCACCUUUUCUGAAAGAAAAUCGACGUGGAGAGGUACUUUAAAGAGGUCAUUUUUUGAUUUUCACAAGUGCUUUCCCAUAAAAUUCUAAAACCGAAAAAAAAAAAAAAGGAAAACUAUAAGAAAUGUAGGUAUUAGUUAAAAUAUAUUACGGCCUUCUUUUUUUCUGUGGAUAAUUUUUCUACCAGCAAUUUUGUUCCAAAUUUUAAUGAUAGCAAUGUUCCUAAAACGAAAUUUCUCUAGGUACUUUAGACAAGACAUUUUUCGAUUUUCCCAAUAGUUUUCCCAGCAAAUGUGAAAAACCGGGAUAAACAUGGUAAAACCGGGAAAAAACGUUGGAAAACUGGGAAAAUCGGUACAACAUUAAACAAAUAUUAUUAAAGAAAAUACUUAAAGCCUAUUUAAUUAUUUUACUAUAAAAUGGCAUAUAUAUUGUUGACAAAGCAUCACUAUCAAAUGAAAUCUGUUCAGAAUCGUAUUUUCGUAAGCAAUGGUUUAUCGAUGCUUACAGGUAUACAUUAAAUUAUCCAUAAUAGUGGCUGCACCCGUCCCCAUUAUCCUAGGAUGUUUUUUUUUUUUUUACAUUUUUACCUGCCAAAAAUAAAUGGUGUUAUCCCUUUUUACAUUUUUAGAGCACAUUUUGAUCAUUUUGAACGGUAUUAUUUUUUUUUUCACCGGGAGUAUUUUUUAAAUAAAUCUCAACCGUUUUCGAGGCGUUUAAACGGUAGCCCGCGCGUAAUAGGACCGCAACAAUAACAGUGUUUCUGAGAUAACCGAACGCGUGUAGAGCCGCGAAACCGACGUCGAGAGGACGGUUAUUAUUAUAUUGUUAUUGUUGUUGCGGUUGCGGUUCGCGGAAAGGCGAAACGUUGUAAUCCCUGUUGACGGGGAGGGCAGGGGGCGGCUUUUGCGAAUACGCAAUGCAUAAGUGGUAUGUACGUAACCAACCUCCCGCGUACAUACACGACAAACGUAUUUUCGGUACGGUUCGUAUUUACGGCCGCGGGGCAAACCAGACGCCGCAGACGAGACUUAUCGAUACGAUAUUGUGUUACGCGGCGUACACCGCGGGAGCGCGCGCGCGGACGCCGUGUCCGGGGGGGGUGCGUUUGCGACGACGUAACGAAAACAGAUUCGCGGAGGAUUAUAAUAUCGAGGCGCUCCGGCGACGCGGGGCCGCGCUCCGGCAACGAUAAUAUUAUACCCGUCCGCCCCCCCCUCACCGCCGCGCGACCGCCGUUCUGCACUGCGGCCGCGCGGUAUGUAUAACUGCAUUACGCGCGCGAUACUGUUUGCCCGGCGAACCGUAGACGAGCGCGCUUUUCGAUCGAAAGUCACGCGGGAAAUGUUUCGAAACGGAAGGUACCUAUAAUAAUAAUAAUAAUAAUAAUAUUGUAGCGGGUAGGUACCCGCGUACAAACUAUACUCGUAACACGCCCCCUAUCCACCCGGCCGCCGGUCUGCGGCUCGUUUGUGUCUGCGCGGCGCUAUAUCGCAUUAUUACAUAUUCGAUAUUUUCGAGAUCCGAUUAUUUUGCCGGUUUGUGAUUACAAUACGCGUUCGCGUUCGCGUAUAAAGGUAUGUAACGAUUACGCAGGGUAAUGUAACCUGUACGUACGUAAACGCGGAUUAAAAAUCAUAUUUUCGAGAAAGAAUACGAGCACGCGACUUACUCACGCUUAAGUACCGUCGACGCGAACGCGGCGGUGAAAUUUAUCGCGGGGGCCGACGACGUUAUUCGGACAACAACAAUGUACACCAGUAUAAAGGCGGCAGGGGGCGAUUAAUUAUCGAUUUAAAAAAAAAAAAAAAAAAAAAAACACCUAGCAAUCUCCGUCUUUAAUCAAAAUAUAUUUCGGUGACCAAUAACACGUAUGAAAAGUUCAAAUGAGAAAAAAAAAUGCUGUCCUAGGAUAAUGGGUGCGGGACUCAGGUGCGUCCCUGAGGAGGGAGGGAACGCUCCCCCAUAAACCGUAUGAUAUUCUUUUCUGCUAUACAAAAUAUACAUAUUUCUUAAGUACAAAUACAACUGGUUCCAAAUGCCAAAAAGAUGAUUCCGGAUCUUGGAAAUACUUUGAUUGAAACAUGAAUAAAAUACUUUUCAUUUAUAAAUUUCAAUAAAUAUUCUCUUAAGGGAAAGAUAGAAUUAUGGAAAACUAAGUGGGAACAAUCAAUUUGCAAGGAUAUAAUAAAAUAAUAUAUUUUCAGAAUAUAAAUUGGAAAUGAUUAAUUUAAUUUUAAUUUAAGAUUCUGUGUAUAUAGCGAAGAACGCACCUAUUGGAAUAACAAUAAUGUUUUUUUUUUUUUUUUUAUAUACUGUGACAAAAAUUUUUACCAGUAAUCUUGCUUCAAUAUAUAAAUGUACCACCAUAAAGGUAUCUAAUGUACCUCCCCACACCAAUUUCCUUUCAAAAAGUGUGCUACAUGUAAAAAUCGGAACAAGUUCUCUGGUAGAAAAGUUGUCCACAGAAAAAAAAAACAUAAGCUACUUCGCUUCAUUCAGAAUCUAAAAAGCUGAUACUGCUGACGGGUAUGUCAUUGUUGUAGGUGGGAAAUUGGUAAAGUAGGAUACGUACAAUUGUUAUAUAAUUUAUAUCUAUUUACCAACGUAAAACCCGACAAAAUACCUUAUACACGAAUUAGGUUGAUUAAAAUAAUUGCAAGAGACGCUAAAUUUGUUUAAGUUUACUAGUCCCUCUCCUUUUAUGUUUACAAUUCAAGCACUGUAGCAACAACAAAUCACAACUAACGAAAAACGAUUCCGAAUGAAGACCGGUGAAACAUGCUUUAAAAUUACUGCGAGUUUUAAAAUUUUCACUAUAUCGUUUAGUGUUGAAUCCAGAAAAUUUUUCUGGGGAGGGCUCACUUCUUUUUCAUUGGUCAUUUCGAUGUCAAUUGGAAAGAGUAACGAAUAUUUAUAAAAUGUAAUAAAUACAUUUUGUUGACAGUUGUAUUUGUCAGGGGGGCAUUUGCCUCCCCACCCUGGAGUAUAUCUGGAUUCGACACUGAUCGUUUAUCAUCCCUAAACUCUGUACGGUUGCCUUUGUGGUGGGUAACGACUGACGAGUGUCAAUGGUACGAGCGGUUCAGUAUGUCGAGAUACAAUAUAUGAUUGUAAGCCAUGGACUAUAUAAUAUUUAAGAAACGAUUUAUUUCUCGAGAACGUAUUUAGUCGUAUUGAACGUAUAAUAGUUUAUUACACCGACAUGGGUAACCGUAGUGAAUUUAUACAUAUUAUAGUAGGUACUUAACGUUAUUCCGUGUAGAGUGCUAAUCGAUUUCCGCGGCAAAGAGAUUGGAACAAUAGACGAAAAUACGAUACAUCGCACAAUAAUAAUGUCAGAGACAAUGUAUCACUGACGAGAGAAAUACUGACGACAUAAGUCCUUUUUACGUUUCCGAUGAUGCACCAGUAGUCUAGUAGCCAUUAACCCGACGCAACUAAAAUUACGUUCAAAGGUUAUUUAAAUAGGAACACUCGAAGUGAUUGAACUACAAAACACAAAUACCUAUAUCUCCUAGCUAUAUUGUAUAGUUUAUACUCGGAACUGUCAGUAGCACACCCUAUAACGAAAGUCAAACUCCACCAAUGGCACUACACGAAUAUAGUAUUGUAAUUAGAGUUCAGAUUUGAACUGGCCUACUGCAUAUUUUUUUUGUUUUCGUAUUUUUAAGUGUUCAUUAAUAUGUAUAUAAUCUUUACGAAAUUAUAUUAAUUAAUUAUAAAUCGUUUACGAAUUUCUAUUUUAUAUAUUUGACCGCAAUUGCGUAUUUAGAUGAAAAUUAUACAUCACCCUAAAAAAAUGAGUACCAGCUUAGUUUCAGACGAGAUAUCCCUAGAAAUAAUACAAUUCAUAAAUAAUAAUGAAAAAAGGUAUUUUGUUUGUAAGUUACAGUAUUUGUAUAGUUUUGUUUACGAAUAUUUUUGAUUUUCAAAUUUACUUUUUUACAGCAUAGGUAUUUAAAUACUUUGUAACGCAUACAAAUCCGUGUUCUAACUAUAAUAUUAUAAAAUACAUAGUAUAUUAAAAAAUCAAAAGAGUCACGCGAUAUCAAAAUUAUACACACACACACACACACACACACACACACACACAGUAGCAGUUCUGUAGCUCUAGAUUUGUAUGGAUAAAAUGGAUAAAAUCAGACGUGUCGAGUUUGAGAAUGGCGUUUUGACGAUGACCCGUUUACACCCUUUUGUACACGAUCGACUACACAGAAACAAAAACCAUGAAACCGUGCAAGGCGAAAACCGGUGGAUGAUAAAAAACCGCGGAAGCCACCACCUUUUAUAGUGUUAAACAAACGUAUUACAAUCGCACAAAAGCGUUAAUUUUUCUGCGAAAAGUACAUUAAAAAAAAAAAAAAAAAAACCAUACGAUAUUAUAACGUUGCAACUAUUAUUACAUUAUAUAGCGAUCGGUCGUAUUUCAAGGGGAAUAUUAAAUUACGUAAAAAAAAAAAUGUCCCGUUCGUGUCGACACGACGCACGUAAGCACGUCGGUCGUUAAUAUUUUUCAACGUGAACUAUACGUAAUAUAAUAUCACGUGAUGUCAUUACAAUAUACAAUUCACUAUAUACACUAUAUUAAUAUUAUAUAGUAUCGAUCUUCCAUCAUUGGUCGGGUGGGCGGUGGACAGUAGUUGAAAAUAGGAGGAAAACAAUACAGUAUGAUCGGCACAACCUCAAAUUUCCCCCAAACUCCCGCAGGAAAUCUCAACAGGGUUUCCUGUGGAUAUUCUUGUGGGUGGACGGGUAACGGAUGUUUUCGACUGUAUAUAUCAUGCACAGUCAGCUAAUUUUUUACCAUCGACUAAAACUGUGUUAUACUACGUAUAUACCUAUUAUGUAAAUUCGGAGACGUGAAUCCAGUGAAUCGCGAAAAUUAAAUUACACCACUAUCGCAGUAUAUAUAUAUAUACUUCUGGUGUUUUCGGUCCAAUACAAUAUAUUUGCACUCGUUAAACUAGUAUAGUGUUUCAUAUUCAACGUGCAUUGAUAUAAUAUUAUAUAUAUUUAAAAGCAAGUUGAUACUGCAUUACUGUUCACGGAUAGGCCACUAUAUUGUGGGUGAAUAGUUGAGAGAAGGUAGGAUAUACAGGAUGAUUUUGUUUUUAUACUGUGAACAAUAAAUUAUUGAAAACGAAAAACAAUUCUGCAGAGCGGAGUAGUAUUAGUUUUAUUCCGUUCUUUAUUGUUAUGAAAACCCAGAAAUUUACCAAAAUCAGAAAACAAAAAAAAGGACAUAGGGUUGAAUAUGGCUGAAAAUGUCGAAAAAAAAGUUCAAAUAAAGUACCACUGAACAAAAAUCCGCAUUUCUGUCAUGUGUGACGAGAAAAAAUCUGAGCAUUUUACUAACCGAAAAAAUAUAUUCCUAGAAAAACACACACACACACACACACACACACACACACAUCUUAGUUAAAAUGCAUAGCUUCUUCGCUACCCUCAGAAUCUAUGAACUAAACAAUACAUUUGCUUUACAACAAUGAAUCGUAUAAUAUUAUGUUCGUAUUCGAUACAUACGAAAAUCCCAGGGGCAGUUCGAGCAAUCGAAAAAUUGGACCACAUACUAACGAAUUAAAAUGGACCGCUAAAGCAACAAUUAUUAUAUUAGAUUAAUAUUAUUUUAGAUUAUUAUACCUUGUACAGAUAUAUGUUAUAUAUAGACAGGUUUUUUUUUUACAGGUUCCUUUUACAGGAUCUUUUUUAUAAAAAGCGUCGUAAAGGUUAGGCUAGAUAAGGUUAGGUUAGGUUACACAAUCAAGUAUAUAAAAAUUAACACUCGUUCGUAAAGACUUAAAAACUACCGAACUAAUUGACACGGAAUUAGAAAGGAUUUAUUCAAAAUCCAACCCUUAAAGAACGAAAAAAAAUUAAUUUUUUAACAUUUAUGGACAACAAUGGUUGUAACUGCAGUGAUAAAAACAGGGAGUCCCGAAGAAAGACGUUUUUCUUUUUCCAAUUUUUUUUUUCUCGUUCAAUACACAAAUUCAAGCAAAGCCGUGCGGGGCAAACAAUAAUAUAUAACUAUUAGAAACUGAACAAUAACUGUAGAUAGUAAUAAAAUCAACCUCUGUAAACCCUAAAGAGUAAAAUGCAUAAAUAAUAAUAAUCGCAUGUGGUUAUCGUUUUUUCAAGGUACAUUAUAUAUAUAUAUCGUAAGCCGUCUGGAAAAUCUGUCUUUUUGUAAAAAAAAAAAAACUAGGCUCUUAGCGAAGGGGUAGCCUAUUUGCGAACUACUUAUUUUUUCAAACAGCCGGCUGUUUUUCAGACUUAUUGCAGGUAGACUAGCAGUUAGACCUUUAGAAACUACAAUUAUUAUAUAGGUUGCAAUUUUAUCAUUUAUAAGACUUUUUAGAAAGUGUAAAACUGUAUUUUACUACACUUAAUGCUUAAUAUUUAUCAUAUGCUAAUUGUAUACCUAUAUUUAUUUUUAAAGAAUAUUAUUAAUGAUACUAAAUAACUAUAUUUGUUUACAAGUUAUACACAAUCUGUGCACUGUGACACAAUAAGAAUAGAUGCUAAUAGAAUAAUUACAUGAAAAUAGUGAAGGGUGAAGCCACCCAGUGAUAGCACUACCUGUACUAAAUAACUAAAAAAUAAUAAGCAAAUUCAUAUUUACUUAUUUUUACAUGUCGUUUUUUCAUGGCGUUUUGAAGUACGCAAUACAUUAUUUUUCCUACAAGCACAUCUAACUAUUUUGAACGACUUUUUGCAUAAACAUUUUUGAUAUCCCGGACCUACAAACUGUGAAUGUCUCUUAAUCUGUUUCCCUUACAAUGUUAUUAUUUCAUUUAGUACUUAGUCAAGAAAUUCUGCAUCAGUUGUUUGUAGAAAAUUUCUGUCUAUUAAACAUGAACAGGUACAGGCCACAGGCUAGUGAUAAGAAAUUAGUUAAUAAUUGAAGUUAGACAUUGUGUUUUAGUCGAUAUUCCAGAAGUAGAUCGUGUACCAUUAUACACGCAAAAUAUAAUUGGCAAAGUUGUAGGGAAAAAAAUAUAUGUUGUACACGGUUUGGAAUUUAUUAUAAUCACGUAGUUCAACAUAAAUGUACUACAAACUGAUACAGAAUUUCUUGACGAAGUACCAAAUGAAAUAAUAACGCUAAAGGAAAAAGCGAAGAGACAUUCACAAUUAUUUCUAGGACCGGAGUAUCAAAAAUAUUAAUGCAAAACAAAUAGAUGUGCUUUUCGAAAAAAAUAAUUUACUGUGUAGCACGAAAUGUCAUGAAAAAACAACAUGUAAUAAUAAGUAAAUAUAAAUUUUUUUUUAGUUUUUUAGUCAUCUAGUAACAUAGAUAAAACUCUUUAAAAAUAAAUACAAGAAUACAAUUAGUAUAUGAUAAAUAUCAAACAUAAAGUGUAGUAAAAUUUAAUAAAAUACGGUUUCUAAAAGGCCUAACUGCUGUCAGUCUGUCUGAAAUAAGUCUAUCUCUGAGCAAAAUGCCAGUUAAUCUUUUUACAAAAUUUAUAGAACUGAUUUUCCAUACGGCCUACGACAGAAAUACAAAGUGAUCGUAAGACACGCAUUAAUAUCUCGGAAAAUAUUAACUUUUUUCGGAAUUUAUUUUAUAGAACAUUUCACAAACAAGCAGCUCUACGAUUUUACAUUUAUGUUAUUUUUUGUCACCCUUAUUUUUGGUGGUGAAAUCAUUACCUACUUUUAAUUUUCAAAUAGCAACUUUCAUUGGCAAAUAGUAUUUUCUGAGACAAUAAGUUUCUUACGAUAGAUUAAUCACUCUGUAUAUUAUAUACAUAUAAUUAUACCAUAUACGUAUGUCAAUAAAAAUUAACCGCCCCUUAAUGGACUGAAAAUAUUGCCCCUCAGGCACGUUAUAUAUUUUCCCUGGCCUGUCCUGAGUCCUGAUCCGUCCCUGGUCAAUAACCUACAGUGCGUAAUAUUAUAGUUAUACGGGUGUCGCAAACGUGCAGUUUUAGUGGGAGGUCACCGCCUAUACUACAUAAUAUUAUUAUAACGGUCAGGAUCCAAAAAAAACUCUAAGAUAUUAAGGUCACAAACGCGACGUCCGACGUCGGGGGUGGAGGGGGGGUGUCGCCAUGAAAAAAAACAGUGGCGGUUAUGCAUGGUAUUCAUGGGGUGGGGGGCCGAAAUUAUAGCCAACCAUCCCACACCCCAUCACAUUUUAUAUAUAUAGUAUAUACAUGUAAUAUAAAAUAUAUAUACGGAUUAUAGGUAUAAUAUUUAUACAUUAAUAAUAUUAAUAACACACAAAUUUAAUAUUGCUAGAAAAGUGUCAGCAGACGACAAAAAUAAAAAUAAAAACACUCUAUGGUAAGAUAAAUGGGGUAGAAUAGGUAUAAGCUUGUGUAUAUACCUUGUGUAUAAUAAUUUUAGUUUCGCCCCCCCCCCCCAUAAGACUAAAUCAAAUACGUCACUGGUACCGCACUAUCACCACAGCGAUAUAGGAUAUCACGGAAGUAUAAACUAUAUAGUUUACCUACCUCCGUGUGUAUCCACUGAUUUCUACACCAAGUUAGUAUAGAAGUCUGUGUACUUAUCGCAUGUUCUAAUCACAAUCCAUAGACAACAGAAAAAACCACGGCCUAUUAUAAUAUACUGUCCGUGAUUGAAACGUAAAAUAUGAUCACGGAAAUUCUAAAUAUUUUGCUAAUCAAUUUAUAAAGUUCGCAAAAUUUGCAGAUAGGUGUUGUUGGACCAGCGAUAUACUAAUUUUAAAAGAUCGAAUCGCUAGGGGGAGGGGGCGGUCCACCUAUCGCUCCGCCACUUAUAACCGCCACUGGAAAAACGCGUGUAGGAGGAAAACACGGGAACGUUUCUCGGCUAUGCGUGUACACGAAUGAUAAUCGCGGCGGCAAUGGUUUUCAGGGUCGUGAGGGGUUCGAACGGAGGCGGCGAAAUCGGGACCGACGUCGGCCGGGAAACGUACCACCACUACCAGAACGCGGCGGCCAAACGCGGGAGCAGCGGCGGCGGCGGCGGCGGCGUCGGCGGCUUCAGGAACAUGUCGCAGCGCAAGUCGGACACCGCGCAACCGGUGGUGCUCGUGUCGAUGACGCGGCGGCCGAGCAGCAAUUCGGGACAGUGGAAGCCAUUCAAAUGGAAAUCGUGCGACGACGGUACUCCCGCGGGCGCCGGGACCCCGUCCGCCGAUCACCUGUUGCAGCAGCAGACCAACGUGGACAUGAAAGAGGAGGACCGGCCGCAGCCGUCGCCCGGAGGACGCGACAACCCGGCGUACGCUCCGGACCACAGCAAGACCGACGUGUAGCGCCGCCGCUUUUGCACGCCUUAAUAAUAAUAUUAACAUUGUAAAUUUGUAACGUCCGUGCCGUAAAUAUUCCGUACCGCGGCCGCGGCGAUCUAAUAUCGGGGCGACGACCACCCCUUUUCCCAACCCGCCGCGACCCGCGCUCCGGCCGGGCGCCGUCGCGCGCGCGAUUAAGUACGGCGGCGACCGAUCGGAAGGCGCCCCAACCACCCUCCCUCACCCGUCAACCAGACAUCGUCUUAAACUCCGGUCGCGGUAUACCGCGUACAAUAACAUUCGUUUAUUUGUUGUUUUUCUAUUUUUUUUUUUUUUUUUGUUCAUUGUCGUCGUCUACCGGACACGUUCUGCCGCGACGAAACUUAGCGUUCCUUCCGGUGAAACAAUUUAAUUUUACACCCUCGAUCGCGCCCUCCAUUUAUUCCUGAUCCCCCCCCCCGCCCCCAGUCCGGCUCACUUCGGUUCGCGUGCUUAAACUUUCGACCGCCGAAACCGGAGUGCCACUACCCGCGGGAAUAUCGUACCGUAAAUUAAUAAUACAAAACUGAUCAUAUCGCAUUAUUAUAAUAUUAUACUACUGUGGGUAUGAUAAUGGGAAAACACGAUUCUAGGUCAAAGUAUCCUCGAAACAUAUCCGAUUGAAUCGAUUUCAUAUAAACUUAAAGUGAGCGUUAUUAUUGUAUUAAACGAGUUUAAAACGCAUUAAUAGGCGCAUAAUAAAUCCAUUAUUAAUACCUAAUUAACAAAAAUCGACUUACACAAAAGCGUAUUUAAGAAAUUAUUUUCCAAAAAAUGCCCCUCCUGCGCCUUUGUUAUAUUACUGCAAUUAUUUUACAGUACCGUUUACAUAGGACAAUAUUAAAGAUAUUAUAAUAAUAAUACAUUAAGGAUACGGAUAUCCUACGUGUUUAGGCCUACAUAACGGAUAGAGAACCGAUAAUGCUUCGUCCAGCGAUCGAGAAAUUAGUAAUACGCCAAUACCUACCAAACACUACACGACAGCUGCUAUGGUCAAAACUAGCCAAACCAGAAUCUUAUCAGUCAGCCCUCCCCCCCCUGAAAUUUUAGUUGUGGUCUAUGUAAUUUACCGUUUCAAAAUAAAUAUAUUAUGAAAAAAAAACAAUGUUCAUCCCAAAUCUCAAUUACCUACCAUUUUAAGUUGUUACUACGACACUACGUGUUAUGAAUUAUAAUACAGUUAUUACAUUGUUAAAUAGUUAGUUGUAGAAUACUAGAAUGUCGUGUAACAAUUAACUUAAGGAGUAAAGUUAGACAAUUUGAAUAGCAGUCACGGGGGGAAUUGAUAAGACCGGUCGCCAGAUUUUACAUUAGUAAGUGCUUAGAGUAAUAUAAAGAGAUUAGAUUAAUAUAUAGAGAUAUCUCUAUGAAUAAAUGUCUCGUAUUGCAUAAAUAGGUAAUAUAUUAUAAUGGAUAGGCGAUCAGUCUUCCCGAAUGAUAAGCGGUGGGGUAAUAAAUUAUUAUCCCAUGAACAAGUCAUUUUUUUCUUUUAAAUUGUUUCAUUUCGUUGUAGCAGAUAUUGUAUGGUCCGCUAUUUUUAACUAUUCUAUACUUCUAUUUUCAUUUUUUGAAAAUUUAAAUAAUUUAUUAACCACACACACUAUACAUGUUAAAGAAAUGUAGUCAAUAUAAAUAGAAAAUAAUACUUACAAAUGAAAAUUGGGUUGUGACAUUACUUUGGACGUUUUACCACGAACAGUACACUUUAUCACUUAUGCACGGUAAUUUUGUACUAAAAUUCUGUACGACUGUAUUUCUGUUCAAAUUUCAAAAAAUUGAAUGACUUGAAUUCUAUAAUAAUAAAUGCAAAUAAUAAAUGUUGUUAUUUAUUCAUAGAUAAUUUGUAUUUAUUUAUAUAUACAUAUAAACGGGCUUGUGCCCAAUUAAUAGGGUGCAUAGCAUAAUAUUUAAUAUUGUACAAAUGAGAAUGUAAAAGAUAAUUAUAUAUUAAGGAAAAGGGGGGGGCCCUAAUUUGUCAGUUUCAUUAGGUGAUUGAUCGGUUAAUUCAGCAUGUAAUUAUUUGUACAAUGAGGAACGUGGAAAAGAAUUUUAUGGAGAGUAGGUCGUACAGAAACUUUAAAAUUAACAAAUUAAAGAAGAGAGGGAGAAUUAAUAGCGGAAGGGAUAAGUUUUGUUAGGAAGGACAUAUUGUGAGAAUAACGGCGGUCUGCUAAAGAAGAUAAUUUGAGUUUGGUUUGGACAGGAGAAUAAUUGUGAGGUGGGCAGGGUAUAUUUAAAGCAUAACUGACAUAAUUUAAGAACUUCUUUUGAAUGCCUUCAAGUUACCGACACAAAUCAGCAUAGUAGGGAUCCCAAACAACCGAACCGUACUCAAGAAUCGGUCUGACGAGGGCGCAAUAGAGGGAUUUAAGUGAACCGGUAAAUUUAAACUCACUAAAAAACUCUCCAAAUAAAUCCCAGUAGUUUAUACGCUUUGCAUAAAACGCUAUUCAUAUAUGCUAUUGAACGUGGAGAUAUGAGAUAAUAUGUAAAUAUGAAGCCUAGGUCACGUAUACUGUCGACUGAAAAGAGUCCCAAUCCAUUGACUACGUAGGUAUUAACUAUUGGAGACCGAAUUCUGGUAAACAACAUUGAACGACAUUUGUCUAUAUUGAGUGUUAAGUCAAGUGCUUCACUCAAACUGAUGAAUCUAUCAAGAUCACUUUGGAGAAGUGCACAAUCUUCCAUGGAGUUAACUUUUUAAAAUAACUUAAUGUCAUCUGCAAAACAUAGCAGGCGAAUAUGCUGAAGCACAGACUUCAGAACUAUUAAUAAAUAAAGAAAAGAGCAGAGGUGAGAGAUGACCUCCUAGGGAUACACCUAAAGUUGCAAUAAAAUUACCUGACACCAUAAAGUUUUACCCACUGUGACCUUUGUGCUAAAUAAGACUCAAACCAAGUUAAAGGAGGUCUCGAAAAUCAGAAAAUCGUAGUAUUUGAAGAAAAACUUUAUGAUUCACAGAAUAAAAUGCCUUGGCAAAGUCUGUAUAUAUUACAUUAAUUUGUGAAUCUGUAUCGAAUACAAUGAAAAUAUAAUUACAGAAAGUGACGUUACAUGUGAUAAUCUAUCGGCCAAGAAGAAAGCCAUAUUCGUCAAUGAGAAUAGAAUAAUUUAUCAACGGCUGAAUGCAACCCAAAACAAGAGCCUCAAAGAUUUUUGAGAUGUGGCUAAGUAUUGCAAUAGGCCUAUAAUUUUCCACCUCAGUGGGGUAACUAGAUUUUGGAAUAGGGAUAAGUGAACUGAUCUUCCAAACAUCAGAGAAUACUCCUUGGUCCAGAGAUAGACGGAACAGAACUCAAAGUGAAAAGGAAAUAAUAUGCCGGAGAUUGAAUAAAAAGUUACCUGAUAUGCCAUCAGGGCCAAUUGCCGAAACAUUACGAAGGGAGAUAAGCUUAUCGAAUGCAUCACGUUGGGUGAAGUUACAAUUGCUUGGUAGAUCAAAACAAAGGAUGUAUACGUUAAAUGAGUCAAUAUCGUUUAAAGAUUUUGAGUACACAGAUCUGAAGUGCGAAGAAAAUAAAUGGACAGACUCUUGCUCACGGGAACUGUACACACCAUUUAAAGAUAAUUUAAUAAUAAUUCGUGUAUUUAUUUGAUAAUAAUUAUUAGUACAGUGAUAAAUCAUAAAUGUUACCUAUUACUGGUAACAAUGGUACUGCUGGGGCAUACAACGAAACUUCGGAAACGCUGCCCCGUGGGUGUUUACUGGUUAGUAUGGCAUAUUCAUUAGAUUAUAUUAUCUAUGCCUUAUUGUCGUAUAUUUUAGUACUUAGCACGAAUUGAUAUAUUAUAUUUGGCAAUACCAAAGAAGCAUAGCGAUAUGAAAUUUUUAUAAUUCGUCGCGCUAUCUAGUGAUCAUCAAUAGUACAAUACCGGAUGUGUUGGCUUUCCAAUUUGUGUUCGGUGCAUGAUGUUGAGCACCGUGCAUCCAUAAUGCUGCUAUUCUAGAAAUUCGUUUGAUUAUACCGGUAUAUCAAGAAAUUCGUUGACUUGUAGUUGGUACAAAACAUCAUUACCAUCUCUAUAGUCCAUAUUUAUUUGUUAUCACACCGUACACACACAUACCUUCGAUUUUCGAUACACUAGUCACUGGAAUCUUCAAUCUUUAUUAUUCAUAAUUCAAAACUGUCAAUGUGAAGAAAAAAUAAUGUAGACAAUAAUUCAAUCAUUAAUGUCACGAUAGGUUAUUUUGUGAUAAUUUGAUAAGAAUAUGAAAUAGGGGAAAGAUUGCGAUGGGAACAUUAAAAAAGAAGGGAAUUAUACCGGUAUAAAAUAUUUGACUCAUGUCGCAAGGUGGCCAGAAAAACUAUACCGGUAUCACCAACGAAUUUCUAAAUUAUGUCAGCCACCUUAAUUUUGUACAAUAACAUGCAUUGCGGGAAAAACUCUCAUUCCUCACUCAGAAUUGUUAGAUUUUGAAGUUUUGUUUUUUAUUUGAAUAAAGAAUACUUUCGUAGAUCGCGCUGAACCCCGAUUUUCAACAUUGAAAUUCCUAGAAACUGUAUUAGGAUUUUUGUCAUUACAUUAAAAAUCAAAAAUCGGAGUUAAAUGCGACCGGCAAAUUGUUAUACUCUUUCGAAUAAACAAAAAAUAUUGAAAUUGGAGUUUUACGAGUUAUUAGGGUUUUUCUCGCGAAAUAAUUUUCUUCCGUAAAAACGACUGUACCUCAUCUCCCUGUAAAAAUUAAUUCUUAGUCGACAAUUAUAAAAAAACUCGCCGAGUAACCGGAAAUUUAAUCCAGUAAUGCCAGUGGCAAUAUAAAGAGCCGAUAACCAAAGAAAAAAAAAAAAAAAAGGAAAUUAGCUAAAAUGUCGUCAAAUUUAUAUGUGUACAUUCCCCCCCCCCCAUCAAUAAUUGCUAGCGCCGGCCGUGGGUCAACGCAAAGAGAAUUUCGUGGAGGGGAGGGGUAAGUGGUUUGCAAAUUAAUAUUUUAACAAUAUCAUCUUUGUGUCGCCUACUGCAUUGCUGUAAAAUGUAAAUCAACAUUUACGAUUAAAAAUUUAAAUACAAAUAAUUACGAAAUAUGCAAUAAACAUAUAAAUUUCAGGGUUUGAUGUUAAACCCUCCCCGCAACCCUGCGUUCGCCACUGUGAACUAUAUACUAUUCCGUAGGUGCGUUAUUGUUGCGUACGGGUACAUUUCCGAUUUGCAUAUACAAUUUAUAAUAAUGUAUAUAAGCGCGUGUAUAAACUAUAUUAUUAUGGUUCACCGUCGUCCCCAUAAUUACGUCGGUAUACCUUCCAUUAAUUAUUAUUAUUAUUUGUAUUAAUUAUAUAAUAUUUAAAACCUAUUUCGGCCAAUUCUUUAUAAGCAAAGCAACGAAUCUAUGUGAAUUUUUACGUUUUAUAAACUAUGUUAUUAUAAUUAUUUAUUCUGAAUAAAUGAAUAAAAAGCGUACCAUAUUAUUGUAAAUAAUUAAUAAUAUAUUAUCCACAUUAAUAAAAAAAAAAAAAUGUAAAAAAAAUUACAAUAUAUUUUGUUUGUUUGUUUACGAUCCACAGGACCUGGUCACAAUCGAAUCUAUUGGACGCGGGUUAAGUUUGAAAAUGUAGAUAAUACAAAAAUGUGUCAACGGUUCGGUGUGCGGCUCAUAAUUGGAUUUCAGAAAUUCAACCUCUUAUAAUAAUCAACCCCAAUGCAACAACUAGACAAAAUUCAAAUUCAGAUAUGACGACACACAUGAAGAUUUGAGCAAAAUUUCUACACAAAAAACGUUUUUUACACUUUUAGAGACACAUCAAAAAACACACAUUUUAGUAAAACCAAUACAAUCAUCGCUGCACUCAGAAUUUAAAAUACUCAAUCAACUGUUAAUAGUAAUAUAAGUUAGUAUGAAAACAAAUAACUUUACUUACAAAACAAUUACUAACGACAAUACGAAUAUAAAAAAUGUAUAAACAAGUUAAUUUAAACUAAAAUAGUAAUAUUAACAGUAUUUUUAGAUUCAGAGCGGAACAAAGGAUAGGGUUUACUGUUUUUUUUUAAUUUCUAUCUGAAAACAAUUUUUUGAAAGAAAACUUGGUCAGAUGUAUCAAGUAUAGCACUUUUUCUGAAAGGGAAUUUUAUCAAAUCAGUACAUUAGAUAGGUCAUUUUUUUUAAUUUUCUAAGUAGUUUUCAUAAUAAUUGGGAAAAAAACAAAAAAGAUGAAAAAUUAAAAUUGUUAAAUUAUUAUAUAUUAAUUAUUA